AUGGCUUGGAUUAAUGGGUCCGAUGAUGUCGUGGAUGAGACUGGGCUGCAUGUACAGAUAGGGCUGAACCCAGUGCUUAUGAAGACGUUAGCUGGGGUGGAAGCACAGGAAAAUAAAUCAUCAUAUUUAUUUUCUAUACUGCCCUUCAUCAGAGGAUCACAGGGGGGUUUACAGUAUAAAAACACAAAAAUGCAUGACACAGCAGCAACAACAAAACAAAUAUAACUCCCUGCCCCCCUCAAAUUUAAAAGGCUUGUUUAAGUAGUCAAAGGCCCAGGAAAAGAGGAAUGCUUUUGCCUGGCACCUAAAAAUAGGUAAUGAAGGUGCCAGGAGAGCCUCUCUUGAGAGCAUUGCACAAGCAGGGAUCACACAGGUUAUUGGCGAGUAUUGAAUUUGAACAGUUACAUGCAUCCAUGGGACGCGGGUGGCGCUGUGGGUUAAACCACUGAGCCUAGGGCUUGCCAAUCGGAAGGUCGGCGGUUCGAAUCCCCGCGAGGGGGCGAGCUCCCGUUGCUCUGUCCCAGCUCCUGCCAACCUAGCAGUUUGAAAGCACUUCAAAGUGCAAGUAGAUAAAUAGGUACCGCUCUGGCGGGAAGGUAAACGGCGUUUCCGUGCGCUGCUCUGGUUCGCCAGAAGCGGCUUAGUCAUGCUGGCCACAUGACCUGGAAGCUGUCUGUGGACAAACGCCGGCUCCCUCGGCCAGUAAAGUGAGAUGAGCACCGCAACCCCAGAGUCGUCCGCGACUGGACCUAACUGUCAGGGGUACCUUUACCUUACAUGCAUCCAUGUCCCACCUCUGUCUAUUUUGUUUAAAGUUUUAAGUGAUUCAGGUCCCAAGUAUCUCAAAGGCCGUAUUGGGUGCUGAGGUCGGCAGAGGAGGCCCUCUGUGUGCAGAGGCUCAAGGCAGAGACUUUUUUGUGGUGGCUCCUAAGCUGUGGAACUUCCUCUCCACAGAGGUGCGCCUGGCAUUUUCAUUAUACAGCUUACAGAGAAUGCUGAAGAUGCACCUACUUACCCUGGCUUUUGAUAUUUGAGGUGUACGGGUUGUUUUAUUUUUUUGGUGAUUGUAAGCUGCUUUACAGUACACAGUUUUUUAAAAAAAAUUGUGUUUAAUGCUGUAUCCUGCCUUGGGACUGUAGGGUGAAGGGCAGGCAACAAAUAGAUAAACAAAUAAAUAAAGUAUGAAGAAAAUGCAUGCAGGCCACACUCCUAAUUCCCCAUUUAGAACCCAGCCCACUUUGUUUGAUCUUCAGACAUCUGGGUUAUGUUAGUGAGCAGACAUAAAGAAGUUGGCUAGCACAUCCCGAAUUUGAGAAUCUGAAAGUAUUAGGCAGCUAUAACAAUGCACACCAGAAAAUUAAAGAAGUGAAUUGUGUGAAAGUUGGAUUUGAAAAAAACCUCUUGGGCAGCAAAUCGCACUCACAGGAAGUUUGUGGAAAAAAAAUAUUAUUAAUUUUGCUCACCACACUCAGCAUUUUAUUUUCACUUAAUGUAUUUUCACAUAUUUUCUAUUGACUAGUGUUGGUGACUAUUCACCAGAGAGGAUGUUCCGGGGCAACGAGCACCCCGACAAGUUUUGAAGCAACCUCCUCACACAAGUAUUUUUACGCACAAUGAGCAGCAAGUGUACUAAACACGAAUUUCCAGCAUGGCGAGUGCACGUGAAGUCAUCUUGAGGCCGAUUUGUGUGUGGUAAAAUUGUGGGUUGAGCAACUGCGUGGGCCGAGUGGUGUGCUGUGCUCCAAGAAUGUAUCAGGGCCAGGAUAUGCUAUGGCGAGGCUGCCAGAAAUGGCAUGACUGAUGGCGUCUACACGAACGCAAGUUGCAUUUGUGGUUAAGUAAUCUGCGACUUUGCUGCUGCUGUACAACGCGGCUGUGAUCUGGUUCACACUUCAUAUGGCAAGGAUGUUCAGAGUACGAAAGGGCCGUAGCUCAGACCCAAACCACACGUGUGUGGUUGUUUUUAAUACAAAAAGCGCGUCAGGUAGAGGGUGGGGGCUGAUCAUUUUUAGGACUGCAGCAGGCGGGGAUGAGAAAUUAAAGUCUUUCCUCCCCAGUUGCAUUCCAUGGAACAUCCCACCCGCCUCCAGAAACUGAUACUACUUGCAUUGGGAGGAAAUCCCCCUUCAGCAUACUUGGGCCUUUUUUAGUUUAGCAAAAAUACCAGUAAGCGGGUCCUCCUAGAGGAGCAUAAAUGAUGGUGUGGAGAAAGUAGAGAGUUUCUCUCUCUCAAAAUACUAGGCAUCCAGGUCACCUGGAUUCAGGAUAGGCAACAGUACUUCACACAACACAAAGUUAGAGUAUGAGAUUAAGAUUACUUGAAGAUGCAGUAACUAGGGCCGAUGAGAGAGCAUGAUGAGGGCAGGAAGCUGCUACAAAUUACUAGGGCUUGGAAGGACCCCAUUAUCUUGCAUAUGUUUUUAUGUAGCUCUUAAAAUAUAUAUCUUGCGUUCAGUAUAUGCACAAUUCUGAAUGGCUUGCAAACUUGUGCAGUGAACAGAGCAUUUCUGACUCUAUACGCUUCUGGGCUUUGACAGUACGACGGUGCAAUUUCAUCUUACUCUAAGCAGUCGCAUUUACAUGUUUUCGUAAGUGAACACUGUGCAAAUGCAAUAAAGUUGUCGUGUUACACAUCCAAGUUAAAAAUUUAAAGUGCAUGGUUAGUUCAGCAACGAUCGUGAGGGCGAUUGUAUUUUUGACAUGAGCCUUUAGGCUCUUCAUAUUAUCAACAGGUACAGAUACCAUCAUAUUUAUGAUUGACAUAAACAUGAGAUGACACACUUGUUUUAUAUCCUGUGUAAAUAUUUUUAGCUGGUCUGUGCUUACCAGGUUCCCCCUCCCCCUCACGGGACUCCCAAGCUACCCUUGGCUGCCUUAGUAGUAACAAUCACUACCCUGGAUGGUUUAAAAAGGGGAUCGAACAAAUUCACGGAGGAAUAUUGAUGACUAAUAUUUGUGAUGGCUGUAUAAUGCUAUGCCAUGCAUCGAAAGCUGUGUACACCUGAAGGCCAGUCGCUGAAGAGACAACGGCAGGUGAGCGCUUGUGCCAUACUUGUGAGCUUCCCAUGUGAUUCACCAAAGGAUCAGGCCUUUGGUCUGACCCAGCCGGGCUCCUAUUGCGCGUUUAUAAGUAGCACAUUCACAAGAAAGGUUUUCCUCGGGGCUCUGAUGGAGAGGCAAGGAUGAGUUCCCAUUCUGUGCCCACUGUGACCCACCCUCAGCUGAUGCUAUUUUUAUUUGUCAAAAGGGCUUGCGUGUUAAAUGCAAAACCACUUUUAUUUUGCCCUUCAGUGACAGAGCGCAUGUUCUGCACGCAGAAAGCCUUCGCGUCCGACCUUUGGAUAUUUCCAGGUAGGGCUGCGAAGAGCCCCCACCUGAAGACCGAAAGAGACUGUGCCAGCCAGUGAUCCUGAGAUGCCGCCAUGCAAAUGUGGCAUCUCAUGUUCCAGCGUCAUAGAUUGUGGGGCGGAAAUAUGGAUUUAUAAACCUAAGAGGUUCACCAGGAAGCUGCAAGGCAGCUGGCGAGGAGAGGGCCGAGAGAGGCUAGCCAUGAAUAAAAACGCUUGACCGUUUGCAUUUAGCUAGCAACCGGUGGCUCAGCUGGGUGUGAUGCCACUGUGCUUAAUGUGCGAAUGGACCGACCUGCCCGCUAGCAGCAUAGCUCCUGAGCUUGCACAGUCUGAAGCCCCUCUCGCCUCCAAUGCGCUGUGCUUUCCGCAACCCUCUCAGCACAGUUACUGGGGAGCAAGGCGCACUGAUGGCACUGGGGCUUACUUCCAAGUAAAGCCGCACAGGAAUGCGUUGCUGGCCUGCUGCCCGUUGGUAACCCGCGAUUGCGGAUUUUACUUUUAAACUGCUUUUCAAAGAGCGCUGUCAACUUAAGUGGCGCCUUGUACAACAGAAGCACCCUGACCACAUGCACAGGCAGGUGAUGCCCGAAAUCAGUGUUUCCCAACCUUGGGCCUCCAGCUGUUUUCGAACUACAAUUCCCAUCAUCCCUGACCACUGGUCUUGCUAGCUGAGGAUUAUGGGAGUUGUAGUCCAAAAACAGCUGGAGGCCCAAGGUUGGGAAAUGCUGCCCUAAAUACCCUGCCAAGCACACUCACACUUAGGUUAUGGCUGUCACCAGGGGGGCCAACUUGAAUAAAAUAUUGGAGGGGGGGGGACGAUGACAGGUGAGCUCUGCCCUGCAUAAUUGCUCACUUGACGUGCAACCCACCCACCACUGGAAUGGCAAUGCCCAUCAACUUUUUUUGCGGGGGGCAGCCCCCUCAACUAUUUAAUUGGGGUGCAUGGGUGGGUGUAGCCGGGGGGGUACAGAGGGGGGCAGCUGCCCCCUAAACCAAGUAAAUAAAUAAAAAAUGAUUAACUGCGUCUCAGAUAACUCGGUUCUGCACCCCCCCAAUAAAUCCUAUGGCUGUCCCUCCUCCCCCCCCCUACUUGCAGGGAGAAAAGCAGCAGCAGCAGAACACCCCCCCCCUUCUUAAAACGAAGCCUCUCGUUAAUAUCUAACGCCUGGUGAGGAGGAUACAGGCAGCUGCUGCGCCCGCCGCCCGGCGAACUCUGCACAUGCUUAGAGGCGCUCUUUCCCGAGCGUGAGGCGGCGGCGUCGAGCUCGGGCUGGCGAGGGGAGGGCGGCCUGGUGUCGCUGCUGCCCGUGGCCGGAGGAGGCCGAGGGCGGAGAGGAGGAGGAGGAGGACGAGGCGCCGGCGGUUCCCCUCAGGCGGCUCCUGCCAGCCUGCCCAAGAUGGCGGCGCGCGGCUGAGGCGGUUUCGGCCCCUCGCCUCGGCGGCGGCGGCGGCCUCCCCUUCUCGCGGCUGCCUCCCUCUCUCCGUCCUGCCUUGCCGUCCCGCCCCGUCUCCUCCUCCUCCUCCGCGCCCCCUCGCCAUUCCGCCCGCCCUCGGGAGCCGAGCAGGCGGAGCAGGCGCCGCAGGCUGAGGGAGCGCGGAGACAGGGGGCCCCGGGCGCCCAGGAGCCCCGCCAAGGGAGCCGGGGCCCCAGAAGAAGGAGGACGACGAGAACCGCCAGCACCCGCCGCCCGAGCAGGACGGGAGGGCCGCCCCCGCCGCGCUCCUCGCCGGCCCCGGGCGCGCCCGCUCCUCCUCGCCGCCGCCAAGGAAGGCGACGACCCCCGGUCCUUCCCCGCCGAGGAGGGAGGCCUCGGCCCGGCCGGAGGCAGCAGGUGAGCCCGCCGGGGGUGGGCUGAGCUGUCAGGCGAGGAAGGGAAGCCCGGGCCGAGGCUUGCUUUUUUGGGGGGGAGGGCGCAGCUUUGGGGGCUGGGGGAGUUUGCAAAAAUUGAUUAUUUUUGUUGGGGGGGCGAAGAAGCUCGCGGGGGGGGGGAGGUUUAAAGAAGGGGGCGGGGCGCAUUUUUGGGGGGGUCCUCCAAGGGGCGAUUUGGGUGGGUGCGAAGGAGGGGGCGGGGUCCGGGGUGCGUUUUUUUGGGUGGGUGGGCGCUGCACCAGGAGCAGUGGCAGAAGGAGCAGGGCUGCUUUCUGGGGGGUGGGAUUGUAUGAUUUUGAGGUCUGGGUGUGACAGGGAAGGGGGCAGGGGCGUGUUGGUGCAAAAGCCUGGCGAUUGGGGAGGGGGGUCGUCGCGGGGUGGGUGGGUCUGCCAGGGGAGUUUGGUGGGUGCUGGAGAGCAGGGGUCCCCCGGGGGGAGGUCUCUGUGCCAAGAGGAGGUUGUGGCAGAUAGAAGGGAGUUUGCUUCUUUUGGGGUGGGGAAGGAGGGGGGCGUGUGGGGGCAAGGGGACACACGGGGUACCCCCCUCCCGCAGGAAGAAGACCUUUCCCCCAAAUCGGUGCAGACAGGUCAAAGGGGUUGCACUCCCCAGCCCAGAUUAGGGAGCUGUGCAAUGAAAAAAUGGGUAACUAAGACCCUAGGGAGCUGGAAAGCUAUAGGCCGGUGAGAGGAUCUCCCAGAGGGAUCUGUCAGAUGCCAGAGAAGGUGGCAAAGUACCCCAAAACUGGGGAGUAAUGGAAGAUCCCAGCAGUGAUGGAUUUAGGGUGGGGGUGGGCAGUUCCCUCACACAGGGUGCAGAGCGGAGGGGGUGCAAAGUAGUAGCAGCAGUAAUCAUCAUCGUCAACAUCAUCUCUGUAUUUAUACUGGUACAUACUCAGUUAUUGUGAAAAUAAGAAAUAUUGGGGGGUGGGAUUUGCCCAGUUUUGCCUUUGCUCAGGCAGGGUGCCAUAUUACCAAAGUCCACCCCAUAGGCGAUCUGUAGAGAAGUGGAGAGAAGGUGUGCUUGUGUGGGAGUGAUCUUUAGUUAUGGGGAAUAGUUAAGGGGGGAAUGGAGUGGGAAGGGGGUGCCUGGGGUUUGGUGGAAUGUAUGGGAAGGGGUUUCCAACGAGAAAGGGAGCAGCACCAGGCUCUGUGGGGAUGUGGUGUACCAUCCAGUUUCCCUUUACAUCUUUGGUUAAACCAGAGUAGAAAGCAGUUCCUGGAAUUGACAUUAUCUCCUCCCCACAACAAAUCAGAAGUGGUGGUGGUGGUGGUGGUGGUGAAGCAACGGUAAUAACUUUGGCUCUGAAUGGGAGGGCUUGUACCCCACCUUCAAAUCCUGGGAAGAGUCAGUUUAGCAGGGGACCAGGAGGACACUUGAGUCUUAAAAUCGGAGGCUUGUGGAAGGAGAGUGGCAGCAAGUAUUUGUGUGUACAGAGGCAGAGAGAGCGCCUCGGUUGGGAGGAAGUGUGUAUAUGGUGGUUCAAAGUCGAUUAACUAAAAAUCUGUAGGUGGGGAAUGCUCUUGCUCGUUUCUGGGUUAUGUCAAGUGCCACAUACACCCCCUCCCUCACCCUCCCCUUUAAAAUUUCAGAUGAAAAGUGCAAUUUUCAGGAGUAGGGAAAACUUGCCUACUCUUCUCCCACACCUAAACUUUUGACAUGCGCGCGUGUUCAUGUUCUCCUGCAAAACUGCACACAACCACCCGCAAGUUUUAAUAGCAAAGUAGUGAAGCUGCUUUCUUCUUGUCCAGACUGGUCAUUAAGAGUCUGGGCUGCUUUGACUGCGUAAACAUGGCUGGGGCAGGGUGUCGUGCGACGGGCCCAUAUUGGGGCAAAGAUGCGCCGUUGAUGGUGCUGGUGACAAUCCCACAGCAACAGGGGGCCUGUAAGCAGAAGUCUUCAUUGCACAGAGAGAGUGGGCUGGGAGCGUAGGUGUUCUCCGUUGCUGCUUUUAAGUGUGGCCUCUUUGCUUUUGCAUGUUGCAUCUCAUCAUCAGUUGGAUUAUCAAAAGCAGAGGCAGCAAACUCUUUUAUGCACAUUAAUUGUUCACACACUCCUCUUUCAGAGAGCCUGUACUUGUGCAGUUUUUCUGGUUGAAGGAAAUCAAGAUGGUAAUGAGGUAUCGGAUGGUUUGGAGGGUAAUUUGAGCUCAAGAGAUGGAUUUUUUAUUUUUUUUUAAGGGCAAGGGAUGAAAUAGUCUUUGAAUAAGGACUGAGGGUGAUGCGGGUCUGACUUGGUGCUAUGUUAGAGUUUAUGUUUAGAGACUGCCCCAUUUGUGUUGCCUUCUGAAUGGUUUGGUUUCAUAUAAAAGGCUUUUCCAGGCACUUGCCAGUUCUGCUCUAGUGUGUUAUCAAAUCAGCUUAGUGAAUGUGUUUAUAGAUAAUAUGGUUUAAUGCGUUACACCUGCAGCAUAAUGUUGCUGACUGGCAUUACAAUUAUAUGCAAGAAUCUCAUGUUUGAGUGCAUGUAAACGGCUUUCCUACCCUCGACUACAGGCAACUUGAAGUUUCUGAAGCUCACAUCCUGGAAGUGACCCUCUUCUUGAAUUAAUCUCAAGGGUAGGAAAGAGGGAAUGACUUGUUUUUUUUGCUGAAUGUGACAUUCAGGAUGGAAAUAAAUAGUGACUGAAAGGAAACUUUUUUCCAGUGUGGGUUGAGAGCACUGCACCUUUACGUACUGCGGCACAUGUUGACGUUUCAGUAACUGAGAAUUGGGUCAUCAUCCUACCCUUUAUUGUGUAUUCUAAUCAUUCAACUGGUUUACAUUACAAAAACUGGAAAGUAUUCUUUGAAGUAAACCGCACUAUGUUUUAAAAAUAAGCAAAGGUUUUGUAGUUCAGAAAUGGGAAGAGGCUUCCAGGUAUUUUCAGACCUUUUUGGGGCCAUCCUCAGUCUUUUAGGUGCUGUCUCCUUGGAAGAAGGGCAGGAUGCAAAUGUGUGUGUGUGAGAGAGAACUAAAUGUUCACCUGCAAUAUCUGGAGUGGCAUCAAUUUAGACUUCUUUAAAUCCAAUGUCUGUUCAUUCAUUUGACUUCAUUUAUAUAAUCUGUCUCUUAACCUGGAGUCGCUCCCCCGCCCAAGUGACUGACAAUAUAAAUUCAAUUAAAAGUGAACACCACAUAGAAACAAUGAGUUCAUUAAAAUCUAUCCUAAAACUGAAGAAAGAAAAAUACCAGAGGUCAAUGGGGCAGAACUGGUUUCAUUCCAAGUAAUUUCCUUCAAAUGGAUUGAGGGGGUGUGUGAGUUUAAAAGAAAUGAAAAGUGAAAGAAGAGUUGGAAAUGGUUUUCUGUUGGUUGCAUGUGUAAAUCUUCUGCAUAUGAAGAAAUAUUAGUCCGCAGGAUGAAGUUAGCAAGAGCUCUAGUUGUGGUUUUAACAAAAUACAGUGACAUCCUUAAAUAAACUAUGGAUCUUGUUCCCCCAGGAGGCAGUGAUGGCCACCAUCUUGGAUGGCUUUAAGAGAGGAUUAGACCGUGGGUAGGCAAACUAUCUGGCCCAGUCGCCUUCUCAGUCCGGCCUGUGGACGGUCUGGGAAUCAGCGUGUUUCUACAUUAGUAGAAUGUGUCCGCGUGUUUCUACAUUAGUAGAAUGUGUCCGCGUGUUUCUACAUUAGUAGAAUGUGUCCUUUUAUUUAAAAUGCAUCUCUGGGUUAUUUGUGGGGCAUAGGAAUUCGUUCAUUCCCCCCUCCAAAUAUAGUCCAGCCCCCUACAGGGUCUGAGGGACAGUGGACCAGCCCCCUGCUGAAAAAGUUUGCUGACCCCCGGAUUAGACAGAUUCAUGGAGGAGAAGACAAUCAGUGGCUGCUGACCACAGUGGCUAAGCUCUCCUAUCAUGGUUAGUCGCAGUAGGCUUCAUGAGAGAUGGGUGUUCUUGUGCUCGUGUCUUGCUUGCUGGUUGACUAAGAUGAAAACGGGAUGCUGGACUAGAUGGGCCAUUGGCCUCCGUGACGUCCUUAUGUGGUGAUCUGCGGUAGAUCUGUAAGUUUUAACAAUAGCGGCAACAAAAUGACCCCCACCCCUCUGGAUUAUGCUGCUAAAACAUAGACAAUGUGGGUUAAACAGAAGUGGAUUUUAAUGGGGAAGAACUGUUACGGUCCUCCACUUCCAGGGUGGAUAAAAAUCAGUGAUUUUUUUAAUUAAAAAAAUCAAAAAUCAGAUUUUCUUUAUUUAAAUCGGAUUUUUUUUUUAUUUAAAUCAGAUUUUUAAAAUAAAAUUCUUUUGGAGGAAAAAUAUUUCUAAAGAUAGUUUUCUAUUUAAGUUACAUUAUAGUCCAAAGGCUGUUCAUCAGAAAAUAAGGAUUUGUUUUAAGUUUUUCAUGUGUGCUAAAACUCAGUCUAAGUUUUUUUUUAAGUUUAACCACAACAGUUAACAAACAUGGAUACAUGUGUUAUAAUGUUAUUGCUUUAGUUAAAUAAAUUGUUUAAAUUGUUAUUAAGGAAAUGAUUAUUUUUCUCUUUCCAAUAAAGUACAUCAGAAAAGUUAUGCAAAUAUAAACAGUUAACUUAUUAAACCUCAUAAUAAUUUCAUAAUUAUCUGUCUAUGUAUUUCUAAUAGUAUAACCAAAUCUGUAAUUUUUGAUAUAACUGUAAAAAGUACUCUGAAAAUUUAUUAUUCCAAAAAUGAAACCAUCUGUUGUAAAUAUUAAGAUUAUACCAGCAAGAAUGAGUCUUUCUGUAAAAAAAGAGAGAUUUAAAUCAAGUCUUACUGACUAGUGAUUUAAAUCGUGAUUUAAAUCGUGAUCGAUUUAAUUUAAUUUAAUUGAUUUGAUUUAAAUCAGAUCCACCCUGUCUAGUUCUAGUACUCAAAGCAAAUUCCUGAAUAUGCUCUCAACUGGAUUGACCGGGUUCAUUUGUUCCAGCGGCGGGUGUUUGGUUUUUAUUGGGAGGUGUGUGUAGGCGCAUGCACAAACUUUAAUACUUCGCAGUUCUAAUACUGCAAGAGUGCUCAAGAACUGUGAAUAGAUAGGUUUGCCUACUUAUAGAGGGAUUUCCCCCCCCCCCCCCGGCCGCAAGGAGGAAAACGACCUAAAAUAGAAAAACUUGAGUAUAAAACCAUAUUUCAGUGGUGAUGAAAUAUUUUGUUUUCCGCCGGCGUGCGGAGUAGAUCAAGCUGAUGUUCAUUUCAAAUAUAUGGACAAAGGAGUCUGUUUUUUGCAGGAUUGUUCUUUAAGUCUGUGGCUAUUAGCUGUGGAUUAAAGAAAAACAGAUUGACGAGAUAUGUGGCAAUGCAUUGUCAAAUAUUGCAGCAUUGCCCUUUUUGCAUUCUUUCCAAGAACUUGGCAUGAUAUUUGGGGAUUAAGUUAUCAAAUGGAGAUAUUUGAUGCAUCAGCUGAGCUUUUUUUUUUUUUUUUAAUGCACAAAUUUCCUCUUACGGCAAGCAUGAAUAUUUUAUUUCAUUUAUUAAAUUUUUUAGUCCCUAUAUCUUGCCCAAGGCAACCCAGAGUGACUUCCAUCCAUCCAACCAACCAACCAACCAAAGAAAAUACCCACGAUACAUUAAACCCAGGUUGGAGAAGAAAUGCAUUAUUCAUAAGUGUGACUAAUUUACAGUUUGUUAUGGAAAGUAAGUUGUGACUUAUAGAAAUGGCUGUCUUGUAUCUUAACACUGUUUCGGAAUUAUGUAUUUUACCCCAACUCCUGAGCAUCAUGCAUUUGAAAAUAUAAUCUUAGUUGUUUAUUAUUAUUAUUAUUAUUAUUAAGCUUACAUUGUUCAAGUAUAUUUGUAAUGAGCUGAUUUGGAGAGAAAUUUGGUGAUUGCUGCUAGUUCGGGAAGUUUGAAAGGGAAGCAGUCAGAACUUAUUACUAUUACUGUACAGUAUUACUUAUUCCAUUUAUGAAUCUCUUCUCAUGAAGCAUUUUGAAUUGAUUUUGCAUUACAAUAAAAACAUAUCUAAAACAAUUGCAUGUAUUUAAAAAACAGUUAAAAUAAUUGUAUAUAUAAAGCAGUUUCAAGUCCAAUAAACAUACCAACUGGCCAUAGAAAUCUUGACUUAGAGGGCUUUUGAAAGAGGAAAGCCUUCAACAGGCACCAUAAAAUGUGGGUGGUAGUUUUACUCAGAGUAGACCCAUUGAAAUUAAUGGGUCUGACUUUUUACUGAGUAAAAUUUAGUUAAAUCCCACCCGUGGUCUGUAUAUAGUCAUUGCCUUUCUGAACUCCCUGUGAGGGAGUUCCAAUGAUAAGGCCCCCCACACUAUAGUCCAAAGUCCUAAGUUGCAAUUAUGAAUCAAUAAUGCAAGAUAUAAUAUUAUGGGGAAGCUAUUCAGCGAUGGGGGGAGUUGUCCUUAUUUUUGUGAAAGUAAAGUUUUAUGUUUUUGUUUUGCCUAUUAUGCUUGCUAGAAACCAUGAUCCUUCACCGUUUGAAAACGUUGUUUUAAAAAGUUUUAGGUAAAGUUCUGUGUUGGGCUUCAAAGAGAAAAAGAAGCAAAGCAACUUGAGUGUUAAAACAAACUAUAUGAGAAAAGACUAUGGGACUAAAAAAACUCUGGGAAAGAGCAAAUACAGUUUUGACUGGCAUAUGUGGGGGACAAUAUUUUUACAUAUUUUACUCAGCCCUCCAGAUGUUUUGAAACUACAAUAUCCAUCAUUCCUGACCACUGGUCCUGUUAGCUAGGGAUGAUGGGAGUUGUAGUCCCGAAACAUUUGAAGGGCCGAGUAUGCCUUUGCCUGGUGUAGGUGCUUGGCCUCAAUGGGAGGCUACUUUCAUUUACAUUAAAUUAAAAAGAGACCUUUUGUUUGAGACACAGGCUUAAAAUAUUUAAUUGCAUCUGGUGCUAUGCUAAUAUGGUUCUGCUGGUGCAACAGGACUUCCAUUUCUUUCCCCGCCCCCAUCCACCUGCCCCCUUCAACCUUAUAGAGCUGUUUUUGAAGGUGUGUUGGGAGAGAGGAAGAGGAAGCUCCACCCACAUGGAAGCCUGUUGCACCAUCAGAGCUGUAAUAUUUUAUAGGGCCUAUUGUUGAUAUCCGAAAAGACUUGAGAGUAUUUCAUACAUAAUGAAACUGGAAGUGUCUGUUGUCCGUUGCCUAACUUGCUUGUGUAAGGUAGUCUGUGUUGAGCCUUAUAGGUAAAUACUUCCCCACCCCAGGAACUGGAAUAAUUAUUCUCUGUACUAUAACCAGAUCUGGAUUUACAUUAGGGCUGGCAACUCUGAAGAGUUUGGUAGGUUGAGGAUUGGGUUUUUUUGCACAAACUGCUGUAUUUGGAAUGGGCUGUUUCCAUAAAACUAGCAAGAAUGCAUCCAGCCACAACCAGUGGGGUCUCAUUUGGGCUUGGGGAUGCAUCAAACAUUUAUGCGUCUUCCGUGUGGAGAGCACUUCUGUGUUGGGAAAAGAAUAUACAGAUCUUUCCAUGUAACUUUGCGUUGUAUAAACAUGUUAGCUUGGUUUCCAUUUCAUCAACAACAAGAAGGAACUGAGCUUUAUUUAGUACAACUUCAGGCAAGUCGCCGAAUAAAUAGAGCUGCAAUAUAACUUAUUGUCAAUUAUAUUACCGCAAAUAUAUGAAAGUUUGAUUUGCAAUAUAUGAAAGUUUGAUUUGCUUUACCAGUCAAGGAACAGAGCUCACAAUUGCACAGGGAAAGUUACGAAUUCUUCCUAAAAGGAUGAAAUUACAUCUGCCAAGGAUGUUGGAAGUAUGGCAGAAUACAUAAGAAGGUGGGACUAGAUGACUCAAGGAAGUUGCUUGGAAUUUGCAUAAUUUAUUCUUUUAAUUUAUUCUAAAUUCACAGAAAAACUAAAAAUGGCAGAAGGAAGUGGCAUUUGGGGAUUUUGCAUAAAAUUUUAAAGAUUUAUAUGUACAUGAUUUUAGGUCUUGGUUCAGAUCACAAUAUUUUUCAUUCUGAUCAUGUUAGGGGCUGAGUUCCACAAUAAAGGCAAGCCAUAAAUCUAAAGGGGCAAAAUUAAACCCCCAAGCAGCCCCACUGAGGGCUGAAUAUGCUCAGAAGCCACGGCUUGCAGGCUGACUGUUUUGGGGCUGGGGGAGGAGUGAGGAAACUGGAUUUGAAUCUCUUAAUGCAGGUCCCACUUGUAAAAAUAAUUGUCCUACUUCAAAACAGCAAACUGAAAAAGGCCCCUCUCUGUACGCACACAGACAACCAGUCUAAAGCCGCUCUGAAAUAAAGUAAGCAACUCUGACCCAGUUUCCUUUAUGUUUCUUCAGAGUCAUGCUUCUCACAUGUACUCAACUUGAUUUCUCUUUUAAAUAGGAACCGAACUUGAGAUUUCAUCAUUCCAUUCUCACAUCAACAAUAUUCAGUGCAAAGCAAAGGAAAAGUUGCACAAACUGUUUGGACAGUUUGCUGAACAGUUAGGUUUGAAAGCCAUUUAUUCUGAAAGUGGAACUAAGCUCCCAACCCUCAGGAAAGCUAUGUUGCAGCUGUUUGUACAACUAUGUAUACCCAGCCAAACAUAGACUGUCCAUUUUCAGUUUCUUCUCUUUUAUUCCAGCAAGUUAUUGAUGUUUUAUGCUAGAUUAGCUGAAACCAGGCAGUUUGGGACAAUGAAAUUUCCCUUCUGGCCAAUACACCUGAGCAAGAUAUUUGAAGACCCUUUGACUUUACUGGGUGCAGGAUUUCAACCCUGGUUUUUGGAUGCUUCAUAGUUCUGCUAGUCCUUCAGUAAGGUAGUAAAUAUUACAUGGUACUGUUGCGCUCAGAUCCUGCUAACCGGUUUCCAACAGGAAUCUGGCUGGCCGUUGUGAGAACAGGAUAAUGGGCUAGAUGGCCCACUGGCCUGAUCCAGCAGACUCUUCUUGUGCUCUCAGAGGAAGGGCAGUUUAGAAAUAAACCAGUAAUAAUAUUUGUGAGGGACAGUACAAUCCCCAUCAAAGUCAGGAACACAGGGUCCUUCCAUACACAGAGUCAGACCACUGAGCAAUGCACUACACACACUGACAGAGGUUCUCCAGGGUUUCAGAUAGCAGCCUUUUCCAACACUACCAGGAGAAGCUUAGGAUCGAACCAGAUCUACUACUAAGCUACGUUGCUGCAUAAAACUAGGGCCAAAGCAGACAGCGUGAGGAAAAAUAACAGUGAGAGGAUAUUUGCUAAGCAUAAUCCACAACUAUUCUGAAAUGAGUAGGCAAACUAAGGCCUGGGGGCUGGAUCCGGCCCAAUCACCUUCUAAAUCUGGCCCGCAAACGGUCCAGAAAUCAGUGUGUUUUUACAUGAGUAGAAUGUGUCCAUUUAUUUAAAAUGCAUCUCUGGGUUAUUUGUGGGGCAUAGGAAUUCGUUCAUUUUUUUCUUCAAAAUAUAGUCCGGCCCCCCACAAGGUCUGAGGGACAGGGGACCGGCCCCCUGCUGAAAAAGUUUGCUGACCCCUGGGUCACUGUAUUCUGUAUGUGCUUUCAGAUGGAAAUGUAUAAGGAAAGGACUUUGGGAGUCCUUUUGUGAGUUGCAGGGCUUGCCCAGGCACUGUAUUCCAGUGGUUUUCAAGCCUUUUACUUUGACGUAACUCAUGGGAGUCUUGCAUGUUGCAGAGGAAUUGGAACGCGUUCUAGGGUGUAUGCUGCUCCCUCAGGAUGCUUGACUAGGAUUGCUGGGCCUCUUCUCAUCCUCUGAACUGAGAGCAUAACUUAUAGAACAGCCAGUACUCUCCUGCAGCUCCUCAUAGUGAAAUUCCUUAGAAGAACCACUGCCAGAAGCAUUGACUGGACAGUUCAUUCCCUGGACUACCCCAUCACAGAUUCUUAAUGUUUAAUUAUACUUACAGUUAACUUAAACACUUUAUUUUAAGGCCACCAGUUUGCCGUGUGCUAAUGUUUAUGCCAUAUGCAUUAUGCUGAUAUUGUUAUAUAAACCUGAUGUUGUCAUGUUGGUUUUAGCCAAGGAUCUUGUAAGAACCUCCCAAGUCCAGGGACCUCCUGGCAGCUGGGUUGGGGUUUUGCUCUCUUAUAAGAGAUGUGGCUCCUUAGCUUGCCUAGAGCCAACCUUAGGUGAUUAGCACAGGUUGGUGGCGGCGUCUUUUUCCAGGCAGACCUAGGUAAAUUUAAACUACCCCAUCCCCAUUUUAAUUGCUGAGCAGAAUAAUAAUAGUACAUUAAAUAAAUAAGAGCUGGUCAACAGGUUUUUUAAUUUUAUUUUGAUGGCUUAUUCAUAUUAUACACACACCUCUUUCUGUAUAUAAAAAAGGGCCAAAUAUUGGGCUGCUAAGUGCUGAAAGAAAAUAAGGGGAAGGGGAAGCAGGUCCUCAAAAUAAAGAAAAAUAAGCAUAUGGUUGGAUAUUAUUCAGAAGUGUAUUGUUCCAAAAUAUUACAAAUAAAGUCUAUCUUUCAACAAACCUAUUUGUCCGUUCUUUAAUUGGUCUUCCAAAAAUUAAGAGGUCAUCCUUUUUUUUUUCUGGGCUGCUGGGCACAUUUUGGCAAUCACAGUUACGGUAGGUUUACACUUAAUUUUUAGGUCAGUGUCAUUGGUUAAACCUUUAAGGGAGCUUAGUAGUAUAAUUUUAGGAUUAUGUGGUAAUAGAUAUCCAGCUAUUUAAUUGAUUGAGUUCAUAAUGGUUGUACCAAACCAUAGUGUUUUAGGAAGUCUCCAAAAAUCUUCAAAAUUCUUCUCUUUUCACCUUGUCACACCAACAGUUAUACCCUGUGCUACUGCUGACAUUGAGUUACAAAGAAAUUUUCAUCCAGAUCAGCAAGUAAUAAGUUAGGUGGUAUGUUCUUCCGUAUCCGGUGCUGUUUAUUUAUAUGGAUUUCUUUUGCCCUCUUUCUUACAAACAUACUGGCUGAAUUCCUAAGCUACAGUAAGAAGGCAUAUAACUUGCCUAUAAAGCCUUUUUACUUCAGUCUGCUCACCUUGGUUUCUCUCCCUGGUCCCCAUUUGCCUUUCUGUGUUUCCUGCAUAAGGGAAUUGAUGCAUAUCUUGCCUGAAACUAUGGAAAUCUUGGGGACCUACUCCCAUGCAUAGUCACCCCUUUAAAAUAUUCCGGCCUCUUGCCAAGUUUCCGAUCACAUUGUUGCCAUAGUGAUAUGUCUCUUGCCAUACCCAGAACAUACAUGAAGUGUGCAUUACAGAAGACACAGAUCCACGGUAAUAAUGCAAGGGUUUAUUUUUUAUUUUUUAUGCAUGUCACAUCUUUAUGUUUAAGCCUAUAUUAUAGUAUACACAGGUGUGGGACGCGGGUGGCGCUGUGGUCUAAACCACAGAGCCUAGGGCUUGCCGAUCAGAAGGUCGGCGGUUCGAAUCCCCUCGAUGGGGUGAGCUCCCGUUGCUCAGUUCCAGCUCCUGCCCACCUAACAGUUCGAAAGCACGUCAGAGUGCAAGUAGAUAAAUAGGUACUGCUCCAGCGGGAAGGUAAACUGCGUUUCUGUGCGGUGCUCUGGUUCGCCAGAAGCGGCUUAGUCAUGCUGGCCACAUGACCUGGAAAAACUGUCUGCAGACAAACGCCAGCUCCCUCGGCCAAUAAAGCGAGAUGAGCGCCGCAACCCCAGAAUCGUCCGCGACUGGACCUAACGGUCAGGGGUACCUUUACCUUUUUAUAGUAUACACUAGCUAGCUAAUGGAGAUCAGAAGACCCUUGGGUGGGAUCCCGUAGAUUCCUAGGGACACAAUUAGCUGGCAAUCAGCUACUGUAUGUGUAGGCAGUGACAUGUUUAUAUAAACAUGAGUAGGUGCUGGUUUGUUUUGGGUCAGUCUUACACCAAGUUACUCACUUUUGCAUACUUGGGCACUGUACCCUUCAACACCCCCUAUAUAACUGUUCUCAGUGCAACGAAGUGUCACCCUGUGCAGAGCUCUCUGGUCUUAAGGCCUUUCUUAGCCUUUUCUUUCUGUUUCUUCCUUGAGGCCCCCACCCCGCUUCCCUACUUUGCCUAUCCCUGUGUUCCUUCUCAGAUUGCUUCCAUGGAACUGACCUCUUGUCUAUCCAGAGUGUUCAUUCCCUUGGCAAUGCACAUCUGUAUGGCAGUUUUCCUGCGAAUGGCCGUGUGUAUCACUGCCUCCUCCUCCUCCUCCUGCAGCCUAUUCCCCUCUUAAGGGGUUCUGAUCUCGGAGAGAGGCGUUGGGUUUGACCAAACCGUGAGACUGUCUCUGCACAGUUAUCGUCCUGCUUUCGUUGAUUCUACCCCUAAAUAUACCCAGUGGUUUCUCAUGCUGUUAGAAAGCUUAGGAAAAAACCUCUGCAGGGAUGACUGAUAUACAUGGGUGAACAAAUCAUUGUUAAAAGUGCGGAUUGGAAAAUAAUUGCAUUAAACAAGAAAAUCCCCCCCUCUCCUCUAUUUACAUUGAAAUCUUUUCUUUUUUCACCCCACCUUCUGCUGGCAUAGAGUAGUCCUUUGCUAUCUGUCAGUCACUGGCAGCCCCUGUCUUAGGAGAGGGCCGCCUCUGGAUGCUGUCCAGGAAUGCAGGAUGACAGCCAGCACCCUGCUUUGGGGUCUCUUGGAACUCGUGCAGCUGUUGUCCCUCCUUCUGGUCAUGGGACUAUGGCGGGGUGGGCUGGGGAGAAGGGGGAGGCUUUUGUAGGAGUCGGCCAGAAAUGCGUUCAGUUGGAUUGGAGGAAAGCAGCAGAGGCAUGCAGCUGGAUGACGGUGACAUGAAAUCCGCAGCUGUUUUCUCUUGCUUUUACUCUGCACCGAUUUUGCUGCUGACUGCAUGUUUUCUCUCCCUUCCUUCCACCUCCCUCCACCCCUUGGCUCAUUCUUUCGGCUCUGUGCUUUCUCACAGAAGCAUGUUUCUGGGUUGUUAGAGCUUACUGUAACUCUGGCUUGUCCUCUUACAGUGUUUGAUGGUGGCUGUUUGGAUUGUACAUAGCAAUAUGGGGCCUAGGUACUUGAGUGCAACUCCUGGGUUCCUUUCAGAUGACCUGUUUAGUGAGCAUCCGUGCUGAUUUGCUUUCACAGGGUAUGCGGGGAGGUCAUAAGAUGGCAUGCCAACCAACUGUUACUCCAGUGCAUUUGUCUGUCAUUUUUUAAAAUACAAAACAUUGGUUUUGGGUGGGUGAGGGGAAGAGUGUCGCUCAAGAAGUGCCAAAUCCAUUUUAAUUGCAGAUCCUGAAUUUGCUGUAUGACUGAAUCCCACCCACAAAAUAACACCAGUCUGGAGGUUGCCCUGGAACACCUGCAAGGGGGAAUGCAUUGUUAUGAAUAAAUGUAAGCAUAUGAAACUGCCUGGUACUGAAUCCGAUCUUUCUUCUUGUUCCUUCUGACUGGUAGUGGCCCUUCAGGAUCUUGGCCAGGGUUCUUUUCCAGCUUGGCUACCUGGAAUCCUCUGAAUCUCAGACUUACUACAUGUGAAGCAUGGGCAAUGGCUUCUCCUUUUUUUAUUCAAGAUGCCACUGCUUUGCUAACACAUGAGAGAGGGAGUAAAUUGAGAUUGCCCCCAACAAGAUGAUGGAAGAAUAGCAAUAGCAGAAAGGCAAGCUGUGAGUACGUAGAAUGGGAAAUGGAAUGGGGAGGAGCCUGGCUGGAGCACUUGAUAUCCUGCAGUAACUAUUCCGUCUUUGUGGCCUUUCCUGCCCAAUACUUUAUUUUCUUUCAUGAAGAUCUGAAAUUUAUUCCAAAAUGGAUUAGGCAGCAAAUACAGGGCAGCUACAUGAAAAUGCCUACAGACCCACUUGUCAUUCCCAUAGUUAGCAUGUUCUAUAUCACUUUAAAGAUAAAUUUUCCAAGUUUCAUUAUCUGGAAACAGUUUUCCAAAAUGACAUUUUACACACAAGUGAAACAACCAGAAGUGAGACAUGCAAUAUUGCAUAAGAACAUAAGAAGAGCCUGCUGGAUCAGGCCAGUGGCAUAUCUAUUUUAUUCUAUUUUAUAAAAUUUAUACACUGCUUGGCUGUAAAAAACCCAAAAAAAACUUCAAAGCAGUUUACAACAAGUCCAUCUAAUCUAGCAUCCUGUUCUCAAAUCGGGCAACCAGAUCGCUGUGGGAAACCAGGAAGCAGGAUUCGAGCAUGAGGAUAGCUAUUCUUGGAGGGAAGAACAAGCCAUUUAACACAGAAAUAGUUUAUUUUAUUUUUUUUAAAUGAUAUUUAUUAAAGUUUCAAAGAAAAGAUUACAUAGAUAAAAAGAAAAGAAAGAGAAAAAGAAAUAAAAAAGAAAAAAUACAAAUUACAGAAAAAAGAUAAAAAAACACUUAAAAAACACAUCGAUCUUUCCAUACCUUACAUUUCAUUUCCUUACUUCCCUGACUUCCUCGCACCUCCCCUUUUUGUAUUCCCGUUUACAAAAUCCUUUCAGCAAAUCCUUACCCUCUUUCAUUUAUCUUUACUCUGUAUCUUAACCUAUUAUAACUAUAUAUUUUCAUCCAUAUAACUAUCAAUAUUUACAUAUUCUUAUUAACCUUAUUACCAAAACCACUUAUUUUCAGUCCAACAUCAUUUUAACAUUCAUUAAUUUUACAGUAUUUCUGCAAAUAGUCUUUAAACUUCUUCCAAUCUUCUUCCACCAACUCUUCUCCCUGGUCUCGGAUUCUGCCAGUCAUUUCCGCCAUUUCCAUAUAGUCCAUCACCUUCAUCUGCCAUUCUUCCAAAGUGGGUAAAUCUUGUGUCUUCCAAUACUUUGAAAUAAGUAUUCUUGCUGCUGUUGUAGCAUACAUAAAAAAAGUUCUAUCCUUCUUUGGCACCAAUUGGCCGACUAUACCCAAGAGGAAGGCCUCUGGUUUCUUCAGGAAGGUAAAUUUAAAUACCUUUUUCAUUUCAUUAUAGAUCAUCUCCCAGAACGCCUUGAUCUUUGGGCACGUCCACCAAAGGUGAAAGAAUGUACCUUCAGUUUCUUUACAUUUCCAACAUUUAUUAUCGGGCAAAUGAUAGAUUUUUGCAAGCUUGACUGGUGUCAUGUACCACCUAUAAAUCAUUUUCAUAAUAUUCUCUCUUAGGGCAUUACAUGCCGUAAAUUUUAUACCUGUGGUCCACAACUGUUCCCAGUCAGCAAACAUAAUGUUAUGUCCAACGUCCUGUGCCCAUUUAAUCAUGGCAGAUUUAACCGUCUCGUCCUGAGUGUUCCAUUUUAACAGCAAGUUAUACAUUCUUGAAAGUAUCUUUGUUUUAGGAUCUAACAGUUCUGUUUCCAACUUUGAUUUUUCCACCUGGAAGCCAAUUUUUUUGUCUAAAUUAUAAGCCUCUCUUAUUUGAUAAUAGUGAAGCCAAUCUCGCACUUUAUCUUUUAGUUUCUCAAAACUCUGCAGUUUCAAUUUGUCUCCUUCCUGCUCCAAAAUUUCCCAAUAUUUCGGCCACUUGGCCUCCAUAUUGAGCCUUUUCAGGGCCUUUGCCUCCAUCGGUGACAACCACCUUGGGGUUUUGUUUUCUAGUAAGUCUUUAUAUCUUGUCCAGACAUUAAACAAUGCUUUCCUGACAAUAUGGUUUUUAAAUGCUUUAUGUGCUUUGACCUUGUCGUACCACAAGUAUGCACGCCAUCCAAAAACAUUAUUAAAUCCUUCUAAAUCCAAAAUGUCUGUGUUCUCAAGAAGCAGCCAAUCUUUCAACCAGCAGAAAGCUGCUGAUUCAUAAUAAAGUUUGAAAUCUGGCAGGGCAAAUCCCCCUCUUUCUUUUGCAUCAGUUAAUAUUUUAAAUUUUAUUCUGGGCUUCUUGCCCUGCCAGACAAAUCUAGAAAUAUCUCUCUGCCACUUCUUGAAACAAUCCAUUUUGUCUAGAAUUUGUAAUGAUUGAAACAAAAACAGCAUUCUCGGCAAUACAUUCAUCUUUAUAGCAGCAAUUCGACCCAACAAGGAAAGCUUCAGAUUUGACCAUAUUUCUAAAUCCUUUUUCACAUCCGACCAACAUUUUUCAUAAUUGUCUUUGAAUAAGUUCCCAUUUUUAGCUGUCAUAUUAAUCCCCAAGUAUUUCACCUUCUUAACUACUGUUAAACCUGUCUCAUUCUGAAACCUCUCUUUGUCAAUCAUUGUUAAGUUUUUCUCAAGGACUUUAGUUUUUAACUUAUUCAACUUAAAUCCUGCCACAUGACCAAAUUCUUGGAUCAGUUCUAAUACUCUUUUAGUACUAGAUUCUGGCUCCUGUAAAGUCAAUACUAAGUCAUCUGCAAAGGCUUUCAAUUUAUAUUGUUUAGCUCCGACCUUUAUACCCUUAAUCAGAUGGUCCCUUCUAAUCAUAUUUAACAAAACCUCCAGGACCGAAAUAAAAAGUAAUGGGGAAAUUGGGCAGCCUUGUCGUGUCCCUUUCUCUAUCUUGAAUUCCUCUGUCACCACAUUGUUAAUUAUUAGUUUAGCCUUUUGUUCUGAAUAAAUUGCACUUAUACCAUUUUCAAACCCUUGACCGACCCCCAUCCCCUGAAGAUUUUUCUUCAUAAAGCUCCAAGAAAUAUUGUCAAAGGCUUUAUCGGCAUCCACAAAGAUUAAAACUGCUUUGGUGUUAAUGUCCUCUUGCAACUUCUCCAAAAUGUUAAUUAUAUUCCUCGUAUUGUCAGACAAGUGUCUGCCUGGGAGAAAGCCAGCUUGGUCCUUAUGUAUCUCUUCCCCUAAUACUUUUUUUAGCCUUUUAGCCAAAAUGUCAGCAAAUAUUUUAUAAUCCACAUUUAACAGGGAUAUGGGUCGGUAGUUCUUAAGUUGUGUCUUUUCAGACUCAGUUUUCGGUACAAGUGUAAUAUAUGCUUCUUUCCACGACUCUGGCGCUUUUUCCCCCUCCAAAAUUUCAUUGGAAACCUCCUUUAGUGGUUGAAUUAUCCAGUCCUUCAAAGUUCUAUAGUAUUUUGAGGUUAAACCAUCCGGCCCUGGAGAUUUUCCCAACUGCAUAUUCUGAAUGGCACCUUCUACCUCCUGUUCCGUAAUUUUGUAAUUCAACAUUGUCUUAUUUUCUUGAGAGAUUUUUUGCAAUCCAUUUGUUUUCAGAAACUGGUCUAUAUCAAACUGUUUCUGAGGCCCUUGUGUAUAUAACUGUUUAAAGUACCUCUGGAAACAUUUUCUAAUUUCCACUGGAUUCUGAAUGUUCUUUCCAUCCACCUCCAAAUUAGCAAUAGUGUUUAGCUUUUGUCUUUUUUUCAUCUGCCAAGCUAACAGUUUCCCACAUUUAUUAGCCGAUUCAAAAGUCCUUUGUCUCAUUUGUUUAAUUUUCCAUUCAAUUUCCUGAUUCAUCAUCUUCAUAUAUUGCACUUGAUGUAACUUUAUUUCUCUCAGAAUCUCUUGUGAAUUUGGUUUCACUCUCAGUUUCUUCUCGCCCUCUUUUAUUUUUUCCAAAAAAAUUCUUUUUUCUCGUUUUGAGCUCUCUUCUUUAAUGAAUUCUGUUGAAUCAGGAACCCCCUCAUAACUGCUUUGCUUGCGUCCCAGAUUACUCUUUUUUCGACGGUAGUGUUCAAGUUUAUCUCAAAAUAGUCUCUCAGGGUUUUUUGGGCCUUCUUGGUAACCUCUUGAUCUCUAAACAAGGUGUCAUUCAUCCUCCAUCUGAAGGAACCGGUUAGUGUUAGUUUCAUCUCCAUUUUCACGGCAUUAUGGUCGGAGCACGUCUUGGGGCAGAUCUCUACUUUUCGAGUCUUAGGUGCCAGUCCUCUAGUUAUCCAGAUUUGGUCAAAUAGUUUAAUGUUAAUUGGAGUUCAAAUAAUAUUAGCUAAAGUACAAAGUAUUAUGUAAAGAAGCUUACAAAUGUUACAUUGGUUACUAUGGAGUCACCCUAUAUUUAUGUGCAGUUCUCCACCAUUCAGGUACUACUUGAUCUGCUUCACAUACAGUACAUCAAGGGUAGGCAAACUAAGGCCCGGGGGAUGGAUCCGGCCCAAUUGCUUUCUGAAUCCGGCCUGCAGACGGUCCGGGAAUCAGUGUGUUUUUACAUGAGUAGAACGUGUCCUUUAUUUAAAAGGCAUCUCUAGGUUAUUUGUGGGGCUUGCCUGGUGUUUUUAAAUUAGUAGAACAUGUGCUUUUAUUUAAAAUGCAUCUCUGGGUUAUUUGUGGGGCACAGGAAUUUGUUCAUAUUUUUUUCCAAAAUAUAGUCCGGCCCCCCACAAGGUCUGACCGGCCCCCAGCUGAAAAAGUUUGCUGACGCCUGCAGUACAUGAAGCAGUGGGGGCGGGGGGGGGGGAUGCUGCCUUUGGCUUAUAAUGCAUGUGUGUUUCAACACCGGAAUAGCAACCACAUAGAAAAGCAAAACUCUAGAAGUGUACCCCUGAACCUAAGGAACCUGAACCUAAAGAACCUAAAGCCAAUGCAAUUCUGGGCUGCAUCAAUAGUAUAGCAUCUAGAUCAAGGGAAGUAAUAGUGCCACUGUAUUCUGCUCUGGUCAGACCUCACCUGGAGUACUGUGUCCAGUUCUGGGCACCACAGUUCAAGAAGGACACUGACAAACUGGAACGUGUCCAGAGGAGGGCAACCAAAAUGGUCAAAGGCCUGGAAACAAUGCCUUAUGAGGAACGGCUAAGGGAGCUGGGCAUGUUUAGCCUGGAGAAGAGGAGGUUAAGGGGUGAUAUGAUAGCCAUGUUCAAAUAUAUCAAAGGAUGUCACAUAGAGGAGGGAGAAAGGUUGUUUUCUGCUGCUCCAGAGAAGCGGACACGGAGCAAUGGAUCCAAGCUACAAGAAAGAAGAUUCCACCUAAACAUUAGGAAGAACUUCCUGACAGUAAGAGCUGUUCGACAGUGGAAUUUGCUGCCAAGGAGUGUGGUGGAGUCUCCUUCUUUCGAGGUCUUUAAGCAGAGGCUUGACAACCAUAUGUCAGGAGUGCUCUGAUGGUGUUUCCUGCUUGGCAGGGGGUUGGACUCGAUGGCCCUUGUGGUCUCUUCCAAUUCUAUGAUUCUAUGAUUCUAUGAUUCUAAGUGUUCUGUUCAUCCAAAAAUCUGCUUAUGAGCCCUUGAAUUCCCACCAAAUCUUUGCCUUACUGUACUCUUGUUUCCACAGCAGGGCACAGAAUACUCAAGGAUACGCCUUCUAAGGGCUGCGUGCGUACUGGGGUCUGGAGGCAAUUACGAGAAUUGGUACGAGAGUAGGAAGCUUAGAUUAAUAAGGAGGCAGCCAGCAGAGAUGUUAUAAUCUGACCCAGAAGCCACUGCCUGCCAUUUAACAGAACUCUUAAGUCAAAUACGCAGGCUUAUUACAGCUGUGGAUGUGAACCUUGUUCUCAUAGGUAAAUCUCCCUUAACAGUGUACAGGCUGUGGUUGCAUCUUGAAACUGAGUGAUGAAAUCCAAAUGGCUGCAGUUUUAAGAACAGAUAGGCAGCCACGGGAGAGGGAAAAACAAGAGAAGCAGUUCGUUAUUGCACAAAAGUUAAGGCUCGCUUAGCGCUUGUUAAACAGGCUCAGCAACUCGGUUACAAAGGUCAGAGCCUGUGCCUCUCGCUGUUCAAUGUCAGAAUCCAUGUUCCAAUCCUCAAACUUUCUUCCACAGCUUUGGUUGCUGGCCUUCAACCUUUCCAAAGCCAGGACCCACCUUUAACCCUCUCCUGCAAUAUGGAAACCACCUUUAAUUUUUUAGUAUAUUAUCCUUACCUUUUAAUAUGUUUAUGUCUUCCCAUUUCCCUGGUGUUCUAUCUUAGUCCUUGCCUCUUCUUCGCUCUCCAAAAGAUGCAUUAUAUGAACCAUCUUAGAGGGAGGUCAAGUGACCCAUCAGUUAGAAAAUAUUGACAUGGAACGGCUUUCCCCAACCUUGUGCCCCCUCCCCUAGGUCUUGGACCUAUGAGUCUCAGCCAACAUAGCCAAUGGUCAGGAACGAUGGAAGUGGUGUAGUCCACAAUAUCUGGAGUGCAAGCGAUGUGGGGAAAUAUGAUGCAGACCAGGCCACCUACCUAUCUUUGCCUGGCGAGAGGUCAUUUAAAACAUUUAAAUACAAAAAACAGCAGAUAUAUAUAUGAUAGAUAGAUAGAUAGAUAGAUGAUAUACAAUACGGAAUAGACACUCACGAAAAAGACACAUUCAUCUGGCUGGGAAAACCCAGCCUUCAGUUGUUUCCAGAAAACUGCAUAUAGUGGGCACCUCUCAUACUGACAUGAAUGCUAUUCCGUAGAACCAGCCACAAGAAUCCCUGUUUCACAUUCCUGUGGAGAAGGCCUCUUUUUCUUUGAAACUUGAAGGAGAAGCUCUCCUGCAGACCACAGUGACCCACUGAGUAAAUAAGAGACAAGGACGUUGCUUAAGUAAUCUGGUCCUGAGCUGUCUAGGGCCUUAUAUGUUAAUACCAAUUUCUUGAACUUGACCUUAAAUAUAUUUUAUUUUAUUUUUUAUCUGUUACAUUUCUAUACAGCCUUUCAUCUGAGGGUCACAAUAUAAAAGCACAAAGAUGCAUAACACGGUAACAAACAAAAACAAUAAACACACAGUUUAAAAGGCCAUAGACUGGCUAAUUAGCCAAAGGCCUGGGACAAGAGGAAUGUUUCUGCCUGGCACCUAAAGAUAGGUAAUGAAGGAUUACAUAUGUAUUAAAGAAAACACAGUAAAUUUCCCAUCUUCAUUUACUGAUGUGAUUAUUUUUCUGAAUUAAUGCGAACUUUGCACUGAAAGUUACUUCUACAGCUUCUGUGUUGGAAACUUAGUCAAAUGAGGUAGUCUCUGCUACUACAAUUACAUUUUAAACUCUGGCUCUUUCUAUUCCUGUUUGCACUUUAGUUUCAUUGUAAUCAGGUGACCAGGUGCUCGAAUCAGCACAGGUUUCCUGUUUCAUUCCUGGAUAUAGAGACUUGUGAAUGGUGACUUACUGGAAUCCUUCACAUUAAUUAAACCGUUAGCUGCAAUGGUAUUGAAAUGUGUUGGCUCUUGCACUUUGUAGAAGUCUGAAGCAGCCUUUUAAGCUCUGAAUCUGCACAUUGCAUGAAAUUACUUGGAAACAUAGUCUGCAUGCCAGGAAUACUCGUCUUUUAUGGACAGGUCAACUACAGAGAGUCUCCAUCUCCUGUCCCCCCCGCUGUCUUCAUGGUUCUCUUUUGAAGGAGAGAAGAUAAACUCAGAUGAGACUUCUUUUUUCCACAGUGAAUCAUUCUUCUGAGAGGUAGCGGAAAACGCUUCAUCCUUCUCCCAUAUUCCACUGAGAGGGCUUGGAAGUGUCUCUCACUUCAGGGGUUGGAAAAGCCCAUUGGCAGUUUUACCUAGUAAUAUGCCUUUGAGGAUUGCAAAUGGCAACUGCUGUUUGGUGCAAGUGGUCUUGGGGUGGAGGUGGUGGGGAAAUCAGAGGCAAAAAUAUAAAUAAAUACACAAAUGGCUUUGGCCUCUCUCCAUAGUAUUGGAAUUGUGCAGCAAACACACGUAAGCUGGAUAAAAUGAAAAUUAAGACUAACCAGGCCAAGCAAACCCCUCUAGAAUGGAAGUCUUCAGCAGUGGGCAACUCAGAAGACCCUUGUAGGUACCUCUCUAAGGCUUCUUCAUCUCAAUGCUGAGGUGAGCAAAUGGAAAGCAAUUCAUACACAGAUGCCAAACAUAAUUCUAAUGAUUCUGCAAUCCUUAAUCAUAACUAGUCACUGUGAAUCACCAAGGAGUCCUUCCUUCUUCCCUUGAGGACCAAAAUGCAGGAGAUCGCUUGCCACUUGGCGCAGCUCUGCUCUUGUGUGGAUGCCAUGAUGGCGAGAAAAAUGGUUACCAUAUCAGUCCUCUAUGGAUUGCACCCCCUCUUUCAUCUGUGCUCUUAAAACAGCAACUACAGUUAAAUACUCACAGAGCUUCCAUAAAAUUAUUGUGUUUGCGAGGAGAGUUUGCAACCUGUUCUAGAACUUAUCGUGUCAAAUCUUUUAGGCUGCGUUCUAGACUAGGCAUAGGCAGACUCGGCCCUCCAGAUGUUUUGGGACUACAACUCCCAUGAUCCCUAGCUAACAGGACCAGUGGUCAGGGAUGAUGGGAAUUGUAGUCCCAAAACUUCUGGAGGGCCGAGUUUGCCUAUGCCUGUUAUAGACCCUAAAACGAAGGGAGGUGAGAAUGAAAUGUAGAUUUGCAGUUCCGUGGAAUGUUCUAUUAAGAUUUCCAGUUGCUUUCAUGAUUUGUGUGUGUGUGUUUUUGGUGGGAUGUAUCUUUUUAUAUGCGUGUUGUCUUUGUCCAUGAAGUUAUAGAAGACAGGAGUGCCUGGUGUGCUCUGGUCCAUGGGGUCACGAAGAGUCGGACACAACUAAACGAUUAAACAACAACAACAACAACCUUUUUAUAAGCAGUGUUUAAGGACGGCAGAUACUUACUGUCAGCUGCACCAGUUGGUAAGCUCUAAGUGAAGCACUCCAGCAGGCUGUAUAGUGAAACUGGUGUAAGGAGAAAAAACGUGGCUUGAGUUAGCUAGUAGAAUGAAGAGCUGCAGAAGACUUGCAAGGGCUGGACUUUUGUAUGGGUUAAAAACUAUUGUACAUCUAUGCUUGAUUAGAAUCAAAAUACUUUAUGCUUAUAAACUUUAGCAUUGCAAAUUAAAAAUACAGACUCCUUUAAAAAGACAAAAUAGUUGCUAUCAGAUAGUGUGACUUCAGGGAUUUCAGGUAUUCCAGGAAAAGAACAAGGUGUGCGCUUCCCAUUUUGAUUUGAAUAUUUCUUCUGCUUUCCGUUUGUGUCCUCUUGAAGCCUGACAAAUGGGGGUUGUGCUCUGUUAUGUGUUGAUUUGCUAUUAAUUCUGUGUUCUUACGGUUGGCUCCUGUCCAGUGGUGAGUGGGACUACUUGUUCCCAGUUUGCUGGUACCCUUAUGCAAUUGUAGAAAGGGAGAAGACACGAAGGUAGAAACACGAAUGAUUGCAAAAACAACCUUUCUUGCCAUUCGUCUCCUGUAGCAUGAAACUGAGCAACUCUAUAGGAAGUUCAUAGAACAUAUUAUGCAUGUAAACAUUACCAUAUAAUAGUGUAUACUUUUGAUGUGUAGAGAUUUUUAAAAAUAUUUUCACAAGAGCUGAGUGAAUUUGUUUUUGAUUCAUAUAUUACCAAAUAGGGAAUCAGGCUUGCAAAGUAACGAUGUUGCCCACUUAAUUGGCUUCAUUUGCUUUUAGUUGCUUUUAAAAAGCAAUAUUUCCUCCCAAUUUCCCCCAGUCCAAAGCCACUUCCCAUUCCAACCUCACAAGCUCCAACUUUUCCAAGACCACCUAGUGAGUGAGUGACUUGUCUAACUCCAGUUAUUUAUCUUUUUGGACACACCGACUUAGCUGCUUAUAAAUAGUGUUCCUACAGUUAUCAAAAUACUGUGAAGAAAUUGACUAAAGAUAUUCCGAUCCCAAAUGAAAUGCUAGCCAAAUGGCAGGUAAGGCAACAUUGCUAAAUUGAAUAUUUCCUGUUGCAUCUAUAUAAAGUUUGCAUUACCAGCUGUAGAAAUUACUAAAUGCACCAUUAUUAUUUUAAAAUUGAGAGUGCAAUACCAAAUAAACAUCAAAGCAUUACUCUCAUUUUAAGUUGCAUGCCCUGUUAAAUUGCUAAUGCUCUGAUGAGGUUCCAAAGCAAUGUGGUGAACAUACAUCAGUUGAUCCUACUUUUGUGCAUGACUGGAAACAGUGUUUGUAAUGCCAAAACAGGAAAUGCAAGUGAGGAUAUAUAUUUAUUUUUUUGUAUUCAGGCAUUUCUUCCCUGCAAAAGAGCCCCACAUGAACAACACUUGCAUUUCUCCAUGGAGGUAGUACAAGUUGGAUGAUUUUCAGUAGUCUGACUCUAACAUUUCUUAACACAGGUACCUUACAUCCAGUCUUUUCAGUUAUAUAACAGAGGGUGUAAAUAUUUAUUUAUACAAAUUGGUCAGUCACAUAUGUUAAUUCUGUUGACAUAUUUACAUAAUAGUCUGUUCAAAUGCUGAUUUCGUUUAGUUGGGAGCUUCAUUGAGUGAUUAUGCUUGAGAAACAUAUUUUAAUGCAAAGAGGUUGCAGAAUGAAACAUUCCAGUUGAAGGAGAUUCCAGCGCUAGGAAGGCUGAUGCUAGCUUCCAUUUUACUGUGUAAGCUGUUUUUCUGUCCAUUUUUAUGUUGAGGAUAAGUUUGUAUCCCAGACCAUCCUUACCCCACAGCAAGGUGUGGGGCCAUGCUGUGCCAACCUCGGGCAACUUCUGACCCCCAAGCCUGUCCCUGCAGGAAGAUUUAUGUGCCCCAGUGGCCCCAACAAGUGCUAAACACAUUCUAAUAAAGGUGACUGCUGCCUGUUUAAUGCUGUUUUUUUAUGCAUGAUCUGCUCUUAAACUGCCUCUUGUGGGCCCUAAAUACUGAAAUAAAUAAUAAGGGGCUUCAGUUGGGGCCAUUUCGGGGGAGGGGCGAAGCUCAUUGUGCAUUUCCCUAGAUUACAGCCAUAGUGGCAUGUUCAAGGCAGUGCUUUCUGUGUAGCCUCUACUUGGGGGUCACCAAACUUUUUCAGCAGGGGGCUGGUCCACUGUCCCUCAGACCUUGUGUGGGGGCCGGACUAUAUUUUUUUUUGGGGGGGGGGAGCGAAUUCCUAUGCCCCACAAAUAACCCAGAGACGCAUUUUAAAUAAAAGCACACAUUCUACUCAUGUAAAAACACGCUGAUUCCCGGACCGUCCGCAGGCCGGAUUUAGAAGGUGAUUGGGCUGGAUCCGGCCCCCGGACCUUAGUUUGCCUACUCAUGCUCUAGGCCAGGGGUCAGCAACCUUUUUCAGCCAUGGACCAGUCCACUGUCCCUCAGACCAUGUGGUGGGCCAGACUAUAUUCUGAAAAAAAUAAUGAACGAAUUCCUUCCUAUGCCCCACAAAUAACCCAGAGAUGCAUUUUAAAUAAAAGCAGACAUUCUACUUGUAAAAACACCAGGCAGGUCCCACAAAUAACCCAGAGAUGCAUUUUAAAUAAAAGGACACAUUCUAUUCAUGUAAAAACACGCUGAUUCCCAGACCAUCCGCGGGCCGGAUUGAGAAGGCAAUUGGGCCGGAUCCGGCCUCUGGGCCUUGGUUUGCCUACCCAUGCUCUCUAGGUUAUUAUAAUUCGUUACAUGUAUUUAUUAUAUCUUGCCUUUCAGGAAACAAAUGUUUCUAAGGUGCCUUAUGAGAAGCAUUAAACUACAUUGUUUUUAAAAGAACUAGGAUCCUGCCUACGGAGCAGUUGGCUGUAAAAUGCCUCUCUGGUGGUGAAAGAGAAUCCAACUGGAGCAGGCUCUGAGGUGGUCUGUGCUUGCCUCCCUCUCUCCUUCCAUCAGUAAAAUGGGAAUUAAAUCAUGGACUAUGGAAACUUUGCAAAAGUGCUUGACGAUGUAGACUGGAAAGAACAUUGCAAGUUACAAGGGCUGUAUAAAUUAUUUCUAUUUUCUUCUUCGCCAAAUGGCAUAGGUGUGCCUGGAGCUCUUGACUUUCAAGUGCUUUCGUUUCCUUUUCCUUUAAAGUCAGGUGCCCUUUCAAAGACUCAACCUAUAAGAACUCCUUAUCUAAUUAUACUCUCGUAAUGAAAACUUGCAACAGCAACUUUUAGGUUCCUGCUGCUGCUCUUUCAUUAAAAUGUUGUCUGCUACUCUUCCUCCGAGGAGCUUCAGGAGGCCUUUUUAGCCUUUCAGAAAAACCCACCUCUGUAACGUGGGCCGGAGUGACUGAUUGAUGGAGACUUGCCUGAGACGAGUUUCAUGGCCGAGUGAGAAGAGUUUGAAUCUGGGUUUUGCUUAUUCAGACUCGGCUCUCUUUUUCUCCUACGAAUAGCUCUGCUGGAUUAGCCCAGGGGCUCAUGGAGCCCAGAAUCCCCUUCUCACAAUAGCCUACCAGAUGCCCGCGGGAAAUUGGCAAGCAAGACCUAAGCACAAGGAUGUUCUCCCCUCCUGCAGUUUCCAGGAAUUGGUAUUCAGAAGCAUCGAUGCCUCCAGCUGCAGAGGCAGUGCAUAGCUAUUGUCACUCUAUUAAUUACUUAAUUUUCUAUACAGUGGUACCUCAGGUUAAGUACUUAAUUCGUUCCGGAGGUCUGUACUUAACCUGAAACUGUUCUUAACCUGAAGCACCACUUUAGCUAAUGGGGCCUCCUGCUGCUGCCACGCCGCCGGAGCACGAUUUCUGUUCUCAUCCUGAAGCAAAGUUCUUAACCUGAAGCACUAUUUCUGGGUUAGCGGAGUCUGUAACCUGAAGCGUAUAUAACCCGAGGUACCACUGUACUGCCCUUUAUGUGAGGAUCACGGGGUGCUUUACAAUAUAAAAACACAAAAUUAUAUAGCUUCGUAACAAACAACCAAGGCCCCUGCCCUCUACCUACCUACCUACCUUCCUUCCUUCCUUCCUUCCUAUACAAAAGUACACGCCUUGUCUCUUUUUUCGGGUUGCACAGCCUUUCUUAAAAAUCGUUUACAUUUGUCGUGAGACAUUCGUGUUGAGUAUUGGUGUCUCUGUAGUGCUCUUUAUAAUGUGCAUUGUGUGAAACCUUUUUGUUUUGAAUUACAUUGACUUAAAGAGGAAAAAGAUCAUAACAGAGACUGCGAAUGAGCCGUAGCUUUGGCCAAGGUGGCGGUGGAGGAGAAAUCUGUGAAUGGUUGGGUCAUUCAAGUGGCACACACACCCCUCUUCUCUGUGCAACGCUGGAUCCUUGUGCACUGGCACGAGAGAUGAAAGAGGGCUUGUGCUCCCAGCAUUCGGAAGAAGCCAGGCCAGGCUAGGCCGUAACUAAUCAUCCCAGCAGCGGAGAAAGUGGUCUGUGAAGGCAUUCCCCCCCCGCCCCGCCCAGUAGAAAACAAAAAAAAGUCAAGAGGGGAAAACUGCUUAGGCCUCUGAAAGCAAAGUUAGAAUCUAGGCGGGGAGGAAGGGUGUGAAGAGCUUGGAGAAACAGAAUCCCAGCUUUGGCUGCUGAGUCAUGGUAACGCACAGAGUGCUGUGUUUAAAUGACACUCUGAACAUUUUACACCUUGUCUUUCCAAGGUGAAGGAGCUUUUGCAAGCUGUCAGAAGAGUGAUAUCUCUCCUCCAGUCUUGUGUGUGUUGUCUUUAAAAAAAACAAAAAAUCAUUUAACUUUUUUGUUUGUCACGAGGGAGGUUAGGAGGGGCAGAUGUGUACCCUACAAUAUAUUAAAUAUUUUUUGUGUGUGCACUGUGUUUGCAAAUACAGUGGUACCUCAGGUUAAGUACUUAAUUCGUUCCGGAGGUCCAUUCUUAACCUGAAACUGUUCUUAACCUGAGGUGCCACUUCAGCUAAUGGGGCCUCCCGCUGCCGCCGUGCCGCCAGAGCACAAUUUCUGUUCUCAUCCUGAAGCAAAGUUCUUAACCUGAUGUAAUAUUUCUGGGUUAGCGGAGUCUGUAACCUGAAGCGUAUGUAACCCGAGGUACCACUGUAAAUGGAAUGGUGGGAAAUAAUUAUUUAUUACUAUUAUUAUUACUACAGUGAUUUAUACUGUACAGUGGUACCUCAGGUUACAUACACUUCAGGUUACAUACGCUUCAGGUUACAGACUCCGCUAACCCAGAAAUAGUGCUUCAGGUUAAGAACUUUGCUUCAGGAUGAGAACAGAAAUCGUUCUCCGGCAGCGCAGCGGCAGCAGGAGGCCCCAUUAGCUAAAGUGGUGCUUCAGGUUAAGAACAGUUUCAGGUUAAGAAUAGACCUCUGGAACGAAUUAAGUACUUAACCCGAGGUACCACUGUAUACUGCUUAAUUACUGAGGUUUCUAAGUGGUGUACAUAAAAACUACAGAAAGCAUAUGGCAGAGAAAAGAAAAGAAAAAUAAGUAUAAUAAAAAUGGAAAACUUGCUUUGAAAUGCCGCCUGGAAUGGAAAGGCCUUUGUCAGGCGCUUCUUCCUGCUCUCAGCCACAAGGGAGUUGCACAGGAUAGAGCCCACAAUAUGGUGCGCAGGACACCUGGUAGACACAAGGCAUGCGAGGGAUCACUAAUAGAGACAGAGGAAGUUCUUAAAGUAUCCUAGACCCAAGGUGUUAAGGGCCUUGUAAACUAUUACAAGAUCCGUGAACUUCACUGGGGAAUGUAUGGGCAGCCAGUGCAAGCUUUUAAGCACCAGAGUUAUGUGGCAGUGCAUAAACUUCGGAUGGUUGCGCACUGGGGGUUCAAGAGGAGGAACCCAGAUGGAUGAUUUCACUAACCAAAGGAGAUAUUUAAUGUGCGGCUUUUUGUGUGCCACGUGAGACACUAUUUAGAUAGAAGGAACAUGUCUCUAAACUGAUAUACUUGUGGCACCAGGAUAAGCUGGCAAACCAGUGAUUUUGACUUGAGACUUUAGACUGUUGUUCCUCAAACUGAAAGAGAAAGAGUUAACCUAAGAUGAUGAAAUAAACUGUCUUCAGACCUCUGGUAACAAUGAUUUUGUGUUGCCUCCUUGCCUGUGUGUUCCUUUAGGACUUGUUUUUUAGUCGUUUAGUCGUGUCCGUCUCUUCGUGACCUCCUGGACCAGAGCACGCCAGGCACUCCUGUCUUCCACUGCCUCCCGCAGUUUGGUCAAACUCAUGCUGGUAGCUUCGAGAACACUGUCCAACCAUCUCGUCCUCUGUCGUCCCCUUCUCCUUGUGCCUCGAUCUUCCCAACAUCAGGGUCUUUUCCAGGGAGUCCUCCCUUCUCAUGAGGUGGCCAAAGUCUUGGAGCCUCAGCUUCAGGAUCUGUCCUUCCAGUCAGCACUCAGGGCUGAUUUCCUUCAGCAUGGAUCCGUUUGAUCUUCUUGCAGUCCAUGGGACUCUCAAGAGUCUCCUCCAGCACCAGAAUUCAAAAGCAUCCAUUCUUUGGUGAUCAGCCUUCUUUAUGGUCCAGUUCUCACUUCCAUAGGACUAGAUAGGGCUAAUCUGAGUGUAUCAUUGGUGUAACUCUAUUUGCCACAGAAACUGGGGCAUGGAAGAAUGAUUUUGGGCAAAAAAUGGGUUAUGAGAAAUCUUUUUCAUAAAAUCUUGAUAGCCAUGCUGAAAUUAGCUUCAUGCACGUUCUUAACCGGAAUGUUUGCACUGUUAUCACGUAUGUUUCAAAAAGCUUGAAGUAUUUCCAUAAUAUCUGUGUUCUCUCGAUAUGUAAUGCUUCUUUGCCAAACCAGCUUUUUUCUGGUAACUUUUUAACCCGUUGGUGCCAUAUUACCAUGGUGAUUCUUUUAAAAUAUAAAACAUACUUUACAUGUACUGCUAUUCAUUAAAAAAAAUCAGACCAUUUUACACCAAUCAUACAUAAAACCAUGCAAUAAAAACCAAUUUUAAAAUGUGAAAUCAGAUAUUAUGGAAAUAUGUUUUCUUCGUUGCCUGCAUAAGGCUGGUGGAAUAGAGAAGUUUUCAGCUGGUGUUUAAAGGUUGAAGGAGAAGGUGCCUGCUGGUUUUUUGUUGGCAGAGUAUUUCACAGUACUGGCUGGAUGAAUUAAGGCUCAGUUUCUUGUUGCUGUCCAAUGAGCCUCACUAACUUGGGGAACAACCAAUGACAUUUCUGUAGAUGAUCUCAGUGAGCUUGGAUAUAAGGGUUCAGGUGGUCCCUAAAGUGUACUCUAGACCUAAGUUGUCAAAAAAAUUGUAAAUUAAUACAAGGACCUUGAACCUGGCUCAGUUGUAGAUGGGCAGCCAAUGCAGAUCUUUUUACAAUGGUGUGGCACCCGACUAAUUUAAAAUUAUACAUGCAGGCAUAUUUUCAUCAUGGGGAGAUUCUCUUGUGCACAAUGGAAGCUGUUGCUGUCCUUGUCCUUCUGGUGUGCCUUCCUUUCCACCUUUGUUUUUUUUUAAUGAUAUUUAUUAAAGUUUCAGAUAAAAAGAGACACAUCGAUAAAAAAGAAUUUAACAGUAAAAAGAAAAAUACACAAUACAAAAUACAAAAAGAAAAAGAAAAAAGAAAAAACAGUUAAAAACAAUUCCACCAGACCUUAAUCUUAAUAUAGUAUAACAUUAAAUUUUUAUCUUUUAAUAGCCAAUUUUCCAUUCUUUUAACCUUUUUAUUCCUAAUCCUUAAUCUUAAUCUAUAUAUAACUUUAAAGCCUGUGCAGCUAGAAACCAUUUAAUUUCAAUCCAACAGCACUCUAACAUUCAUUAAUUAAUUUUGCAAUAUUUCUGUAAAUAAUCUUUGAAUUUCUUCCAAUCUUCUUCCACCAACUCUUCUCCCUGGUCACGGAUUCUGCCAGUCAUUUCCGCCAAUUCCAUAUAGUCCAUCAGUUUCAUCUGCCAUUCCUCCAGUGUGGGAAGCUCUUGUGUCUUCCAAUACUUUGCAAUGAGUAUUCUUGCUGCUGUUGUUGCGUACAUAAAGAAAGUUCUCUUCCUUUCCACCUUUGUACACCCAGAAGAAUACAUGUAGGUGAUACUUUGCAAAAUUGUUGGUAAAGAUUCAUGAUACGGCCUAGGCUAUGCCUUACUCUGAAUGAUCAAUGUGCUAGUUCAUGCCGCCCAAUUUCUUCAUGCUGAACAGAAGCAACAAGCUAUGAACUUGGGUGGACUGUAUAUCUUCUGGACCUGUGAUUGUGGUUGGUUUAUCCCUAAACAAACCAUGGUCGGAAGCCGUGGUUUGUUCACGGGAAGACAUGGUUUGUUGCCAAGGUGAGUCACCCACAUCACAUUUCUGAAUGGCCAGGGGCUUUGUCAUCUAAAUGCUGUCUGCAAAAAUGAAGGCUAUACCUGCUCUGCCCAAACAGGACUAUAAGACCACUUUUGACAGAAGUUGUAUAUUAGAGCUUUGCAAGCUUUUUCACUGUUGGCCGACUUGCCUCUUCACCCCUCCCCCCCCAUAUAUUAUUAACCAUACAUAUAUGAUAACACCGUAUUUUCUCAUAGCAUAUGGCUGCUGUGCAGAAUGUGUGAUUAGCAUAUGUUGCAGUAAUACUUUUAAGGCAAGCAGAGCAACUAAAAACAGGAAUCAAUAAUUAGGUUUUAUUUUAGUCUGUUCUAUAGUGAAAAAUAAACUGGGGGAAGAACGAUAAAAUACAGGGAAUAUGAAAAUGAUUAUGAAACACGUUGACAUGAAAUUAUACAGAUGUGAAACACAUGGUAGCAGCUCUGACUUGACAGUUGGCUUUAAUCUAAUUAGAAUGAAGCAAAGAUGCUGUCGCCAUGUAAAAUGUUGUUAAUCUCAGGUUCUGUAAAAUUGAAAAGGAGACAGAAAAAACUCUUGUCUAAGGGACACACACAAAGUAGCCAAGGUUAUCUGCCCUUUUUAGAACGCUGCAGGAAAAGUGGGUGAGGAAAGAGAUACUUAAACCCACUUGUGUUGAAAAGUAUUUAACCAUCUGAUGGAAUCAGCAUACAUUCAGUUUCACUAAAAAGAGAGUAGUUGGCAACAUUACAUUUGGGUUGGGAUGGUGUGUCUUUUAGCUCAGGGGCAAAGGUGAUGUUCCAAGGCGGUUCUUGUUUACCUUCCGGUUGAAAUGGGAUGAUUAUUGCUACGCCAUUUCUUAGACUGUGCCCAAGUCCCGAAGGCUCCAAUCCCUGAACUCAGCUCCAAAGACUGUAAUUUUAGCUUUUGGUAGUUAAUCAUUAAACAUUAUUUUGCACAAAACUUACCCAGGCAUCUUUAUAGCCUUUAAGAUUGAUUGGAACAAAGUGCCAUGUCAUAGGCAUGAAGCAAAAUUUUCCCUGCCGAGUGUUGUAUGCAUGUGUUUAGUUUUCCUAUCCUGUAAAAGAAAUAUAAAUGCAUAAACUAACACAAUCCUAACACAUCUGAAACGUGUAGUGUACGUAUUCCACAAAUAUAGCCAAAACUCACAUUAAAGCAAGUCUAAAAAAACACAAAAACAAAUCAACGUGAAUCCUAUUGGCUGCGUUUUCUAAACUGCAGAACAUUGCACGAUUCCGUUGUGGAUGUAAUAAGUGCAUGAACAACUGUGGCAGAUCCAUCAUGUGAUCUGCAGUUGUCCUAGUACACAUCUAUCCAGUCCCAUCCAACAGCAUUUCAGCUUGUUCAUCCUUGUCUGUCCAGAAUUUAACAGAGAUUGCAUUGGGAGUAGCUUGUUGUAUGAACACAUUCACUUUCUUUCUUUUGAUGGUGGUGGGGGAAUAGCACCCCCUAAUGUGGGGUAAAUUACGUGGGGUAAAUUAAUAGAAGUCAUUUUUCAGUUGGAAGAGCCAAAAUCCAAAGUGACAGAGUGACAUCAGGGAUCUGGAGAACAAUUGUCUGCAACUGAGAUCCUCUCUGACUAUCUGUCUUACUCUUCUAAGUGUUUUGCUUCUGGGUAACCCUGUUUCUUCGGCAGGAGAAUGAACGGCAAAGCCAAUUGAAGGACAAGAGAGCCAUUCAGUGGGUACGUGAGAGAAGAUCUUGUGUACAGUUUUGCCACACUCAAUUUGUUUUUAUUGUGGUUUGGUGCGAUGAAUUGCAGCUUUCUUUUCAGCAAGAUUUUAAUUUUGCAUGUUAAUUAUUUAUAAGCUACCUGGAGCUUUGGAGAGGCCAAAUUAAAAAUAAAUAAAUUGCCAGCUUCCUGCAGUUUCACUCCGGGGUUGUUGCUUUUGCUAACUAGGCAAGCAGAUUUGAGACGAGAAUGUUCGUGUACUCCCAACCCAGAAUCAUUAAUUUGUGCUUUAGACUUCCCGGGCAGCUUUUUGUUGCAGAGAAAUUCCUCCAGGCAUAUUUAGCUUGAUCUGGGACAGUUUUCUCCCCUGGAAGCCAAGCGAUCUGCUCUUGGUAGCUGUCACUUUAUAGAUGCAUAUUGAGGUUAAAUUUCAAUCUUUAUUGCAGUAGUAGACUGUGUAACAUGACCCAACAGUCCCUUCAAAGCAAAGCUAAACCAGUCCGGGCAGCUCCAAGGAAGCUGCAAGAGGGGUGUGUGUGGCUUUGGAGCAGAAAAUAACACAGCUUUUUUCUUUGCAAUCUUGGGCUUUAGCAAAUGAGGUUCAGACUGUUCUCCCUGCACAGAUUUGACAACUGAUUACUUGCAUGGUCCUUAAUGGUGUCAUCUAAGCAGGGAAAGUAGGGACACGGGUGGCGCUGUGGGUAAAACCUCAGUGCCUAGGACUUGCCAAUCGUAUGGUCGGCGGUUCGAAUCCCUGCGGCGGGGUGAGCUCCCGUCAUUUGGUCCCAGCUCCUGCCCACCUAGCAGUUCGAAAGCACCCCUAAGUGCAAGUAGAUAAAUAGGUACCGCUUUAUAGCGGGAAGGUAACGGCAUUUCCGUGCGCUGCGCUGGUGCUGGCUCGCCAGAGCAGCUUCGUCACGCUGGCCACGUGACCUGGAAGUGUCUGCGGACAGCGCUGGCUCCCGGCCUCUUAAGCGAGAUGAGCACGCAACCCCAGAGUCGGACACGACUGGCCCGUACGGGCAGGGGUACCUUUACCUUUACCUUUAAGCAGGGAAAGGGAUAUUUGGGGAUGAAUGAGGAAUAGAAAGUGGGCUGUGUAACUUUUUUAUAAGAAUGUUGUAUUGAAGAAAUAGUACCCAGCUGACUUAGUUACUAUUGAGAUCUGUAGAACUAUGUAAGCUAGGUGCAGCAAGUAACUCAUGGGCAGUGGCACAGCCUGCUAUGGGAAGGAUCGGGGCAAGUAAGUUUUUUUCUGUGCAAGUGACGGGCAGCUAAGCUGCUGAAAAAAUAAUUCAAGUGCCUGCAGGAGGGUUUAUGGAGGCUGUCAUGCUUGGGCCCUGUUUGUGGGCUUCCUAUAGACAUCUGGCUGGCCACUGUGGAAAACAGGAUGCUGGAUUAGAUAGCCUUUUGUCUGGUCUAGUAGAACUCUACUCAUGUUUUUGUGCAAUGAUAACUACUGACUUUGUAAGCCUAACUAACAAGGGUCACUGUGACUUUGGUCUUUCUCCUCAAGCCAACAUGAUAGAUGAAUCAGCCCUUUUGUGUAUUGCUGCAGAAUCCAGAAACACUAUGCCAAUUGCUGUAAAUGGGAAUAUCUACCUGGAUCAAUACAACUGGUCAGGGUGACCGGUUUCUUAUAACUCAAGUGUCCUUGUUGCAAUAUCAGGACUUGAAAUCUGCAGGGGGAAGAGGAGAACAACAGUCUGUGCCUAUUGGCAGAGGAUUUUAGGGUUUUAAGCAUGCUGACCUCUCUUCCAUCCUGGCUUCAGUUUGUUUGUUUAUUUUAUUCCUGUCACUUAUGUGCUGCCUUACAGGGCAAAGGGCUCCCAAGAUGUCUUCCAUAUAGAAUUAACAGCACAAAAUACAAUUGAACUCAUCUCAUUACAAUUUCAAAACCAAAACACCAAUCUAUAAAACACUGUACAGCACAGCAAAGUGCAGCAAAUAGGAUAAAUCAGAUUAAGACAGUUAAAACGAAGACCUGCAACAGUUUAAGCAAUAAAAUACCCAGCCCAACAGCUUAACUGAAAGCAGAUUGAAACAGGAAUGUUUUCAAGGCCUGUUUAAAAUGUGGUCGAUGUGGUUGUGUCCAGACUGGGCUGUCCCAGGGAUAAUACAUGCAUGUGCUACUUUUAUUGGGUCAUGUUUUAUAUACCUUUCUAGACUGACAGAAUUAUGGCAGUGCAGGUUUGGCUGUUUCAUCCGAAUGGUUAUGUAAUUCUUACACCGGCACUGUGAUAGCUUAAUGAAGUGAAGAGAGGUCUGGCCUAUUAACCUAGUUAAAAGGCUAACUGCAGGUAGCAGCUGUGAUCUGAUAAUCUUCCUGUAAACAUUAUGCAGAAUAUCACGGAGAGACGUUUUCCUAUUCAUUGUGGGAGUCUUUGCUGCCUGUUGACUCCCCUGGAAACAGCAACAGCUGUUGUCUGCCAGAGAAAGGCAGUUUUCUUAAAACUGAGUUGAGCAUAUUUUCUUCUUGGUGCUUCUCACUAGGUUUUGCUCUCCUCUCGCUCCUGCCUCUUGCCUCAACUCCAUACCCCCACCUUCUCUUUUGAUGCGCCUGUGUUUCCAAAUGGAAAGAGUAAGUUCAUUUUUGCUCUUUCGCUAUGCAUUCCUUCAGAUGAGUUGCUCCUUUUUUAUUUCUUUGCAGUGGCAUCAGGCAGAAACCAAGGUUGGGAAGAAGUUAUCGGUCCGUCUUGGAAAGCUUUUGUCAGUGUAGAUACUGCUGACCUAGAUGGACCAAUGGUCUGAUUUGGUGUCCUCCCAGCGCAAAUUCUGCAUAGCUUCAUGAUGAGAAUGAUGCUUGAUACCUAGUCUAGUCCUCUGGCUCCAGUCCAGUGCUAUGGAAGAAAAAAAACCCAAAGACCUUGAAGAGUUGUCCCUGUAGCCAAGCUCAAGUUCUGUGCAUAAAAAUUCUGAGUUAGUGACGUGUGACUGAUUUCCUUGGUAUUCGUUAAAUAACUGUGUGUGUAUUUUGUAGCAGCAUAUUUCAUAAACGCAGAAUUCGGGAGUUGGCAUCAUUAAUCGUCUACCACAGAUGCGUGGAGCAACAAUCUAGUCACAGACUUGUAUCGUCAAUCAUCUACCCACGGACACAUGCAGAAUUGGUGGGCUCUUUCAGAAUGCGUAGCUGAUGAGCCAUUUAUGGUUCUGGAAUUCUAACAACCGUAUGUUGAACUGAGGCAGGGCUUAACUGACUGAACAGCAACUUUAGUAAUUAUUAGUAUGCGUUUAUCAAACGUUUCUAGGCCGCUUUUCCAGAGGGUUCUGAGCAACUUACGUAAAGCAAAAAAAAAGCACAAUCAGUACCAAGACUAUAAAUAAAAUUGCAUCUCAGUAACUGAGAAUCGUCAUUAAGAAUUUGGCCAAAUGUAAACUGAAAUAAGGUUUUACAUCCGUUGCAGAAAGUAGGCAAAAAAGUACCACCUGGACUCAUUAGGCAGAGUAUUCCAGAGCCCAGGGACUAUAGCAGAAUGUCCCUGGUCCUCUCACCAUGGUAAUUUUAGUGUAUCAUAAUGAAGGCAUACGGAGAAGGCCCUGAUUUCCAACUGCGUGGCUCAUAUAGCAAAAUAAAUUUUUCUUCUAGUUUUUAAAGGGAUGGUGCUAACACACACACACACACACACGAAAACGUUAGAGAAUUCAGCUGCUCAUAAUUUUUGGUUUAGACUUCACUCAUGAUUAAGAAUGAUCUCAGCCAGAAUACAUCUUGCUCCCUCUGUCACCAGAAUGGUGGAUUACCGUAUUUUUCGCCCUAUAGGACGCACCGGCCCAUAGGACGCACCUAGUUUUCAGGGGGGGAAAUCAAGGAAAAAAAUAUGAUUCCCCCCCCCGCAGCUCUGGGAGCAGCGGACAGGCUGCACGCAGCCUGUGCGCUACUCCAAGACCUUCUCCCUGCUUUUGUGGGAGGUGGCGGAAUUCCCCCACCUCCUGCAAAAGCCCACAGGAGCCCCGCGUGACUGCUGCGGGCUUUUCGACCAGGAGGGAGAAGGGACUGAAACGGCCAGUCAGUCCCUUCUCCCUCCUCGGGGAAAAGCCCUCAAGAGCGGCGCGCUCUUUAAAGGGUGCGCGGCUCCUGCGGGCUUUUCUAGGAGGUGGGGGAAUUCCCCCCCCCGUAGAAAAGCCAGCAGAAGCCGCGGAGCCCCUUUAAAGAGCAUGAGGCUUUUGCGGGCUUUUGCGGGAGGUGGGGGAAUUCCCCCAUCUCCCGCAAAAGCCCGCAGGAGGGAGAAGGGACUGACUCGGCCAGUCAGUCCCUUCUCCCUCCUUGGGGAAAAGCCCCCAAGAGCCGCUCGCUCUUUAAAGGGUGCGCGGCUCCUGCGGGCUUUUCUAGGAGGUGGGGGAAUCUCCCCCCCCGUAGAAAAGUCAGCAGAAGCCGUGGAGCCCCUUUAAAGAGCGCGCGGCUUUUGCCUGCUUUUGCGGGAGGUGGGGGAAUUCCCCCAUCUCCUGCAAAAGCCCAAAGGAGGGUUGGAGAGUAGUGGGAGGGCGUCGCGCACCUUCCUGCUGCCCCCCAUCCUCUGGGGCUGGCGAUGGGGGAAGCGCUGCUUUCCCCACUGCCAGCCUCAAACCCGGGUUGGAGAGUAGCGGGAAGGCGUCGCGCGCCUUCCUGCUGCCCCCCAUCCUCUGGGGCUGGCGAUGCGGGAAGCGCUGCUUUCCCCACCGCCAGCCUCGAAUCCGGGUUGGAGAGUAGCGGCAAGGCAUCGCACGCCUUCCUGCUGCCCCCCAUCCUCUGGGGCUGGCGAUGGGGGAAGCGCUGCUUUCCCCCACCGCCAGCCUCAAAGAGCAGACUCUCCUGGCUUCAGCGGAAGCAACGCGAAGCCUCCGGAGCGCAGGCUUUGGAGGCUUCACGUUGCUAUUGCUGAAGCCAAGGAGUCUGCAUUCGCCCCAUAAGACGCACACACAUUUCCCCUUCAUUUUUGGAGGGGAAAAAGUGCGUCUUAUAGGGCGAAAAAUACGGUACAUUGCACUGGGCAAGCUCUCCACAUUUACUGGAGACCUCGGCAGACUUUCACUUAUGACUUUGCGGAAAAGCGGAGUUGAGAAAUGCCGUGGGAGUGGCUUGUGAGAAGGAGGAUUGAUUACAUCUGAAGCAGAGAAACAACUGGAUUUGAGCCGCUCUUGUUUUGUCCUGGUGAUCGCUUUUCAUAUUUGCUUGGCUUCCUGUGACUUUUGGUCCCAUAUUCUGCUUUUGUACCAUUCGUGUUCGUCCUUACAAAUUGACAUGGCGUUGCAGUGGCAUGUCGUCAGAAGUAUAACGGGACCACGAGCAGAUUUGGGGGAGGGUGGUGGGAGGAAACUGCUUACCGUGGAAUGGACAGCACAGUGCAAAGAUGGUAUGUUUGAAGACAACACAGCUGUGAAGGAACAAUAAAUUAAAACAGGCAAAAUGAUAAUGGUCCCGCAAGCUCUAGACUGGAGAGAUUUCACGGAAUGAAGUACUGUAUUCCACAAAUGCAAAUCUGGCUCCAAAACAGCAGCAAACAGAAAAUGAAGUCAUGCUCUCCUUACAAUGGUAUUCAGACAAAAAAAGAUGUACUUCUUUUAGUGUGUAACAGUUUGAAAGGACUUCAUUUUUUCUUACAUAUGUGUGCAGAAUUCCAGGUUGACUGCAAUGUGGAUUUGCAAUUAACCUACACAAUCUGUAUAAUACGAUUGUGGUGUUUUCUUUACCCUGGCUUGGUUUGGUAUGGUAAGGUAGGUAGUUGAACACAUAGUUGGGGAGUCAGAUUUUUGUAUAAUACCACUUAAACCUUAUAAUCUUGAUUCUAGAUUAUGCUUUAUUCUGGUUAAUUCAAUCAGAUUAAUUGGAUUAAUCCUCAGCCUACUGUCUGAUUCAAAAUUUAAAUUGCUUGUGGCUGAAAAUGUAGCUUGGAGAGAGAGCCCGCCUUGUAUGUCUGAAACUGUUAUCUCCUAAAGAUUCUAUAUCUCCAAUAGAUACUAAUAUCAAUAUGUUUAUUUAUUUAAUAAAGUAUUUUAGGUUUCUAAAGUUAUGUUUGUAGAUGAUGUUAGCCGUCCUGGGCUCUGUGUGAGGAAGAGUGGGAUGCAAGCACUGAAUAAAUAAAUAUUUUAGCAGGUAUGCAUAAGCUCAUGGAUGGGAGAAAUAUUUCACCCCACCUGCUUCAAUUCAAUUUUUUUUUGUUUGCAUUUUUAGUUACAUUCAGUAUACUGGAUUUGAUUUGACUGGUCAGAUGCCCAAACCAUGUUGUGAGCUUAAGUUCACUUGGCUGUUUGAGUAAAUUUGUUUUAGACCCGGGCUGUAUAUUAGCUAAGGAUUAAUAGGUUUAUUCCAGAAAGUUUCAGUACUUCAGGACAUCACCCAAGAUAGCAAACCCAUCUUUGUGGAAUCUGUAUAUUUAGUGGCAGUUCCAUGCUAGAGAAUAGCGAGGUACUGUAUUUUUCGCUCUAUAAGACGCACCAGACCAUAAGGCGCACCUAGUUUUUGGAGGAGGAAAACAAGAAAAAAAAAUAUUCUGAAUCCCAGAAGCCAGAACAGCGAGAGGGAUCUGGCUUCUGGGAUAGCCUCUUGCUGUUCUGGCAUCUGGGAUAGCAGCGCGAAGCCUCUUCAGGGCAGCGGGAUGAAGGCUCCCCCUGACCGGAAGAGGCUGCAGAGCUCUCCUGCGCAGAGAGGGAGAGCUGCGCAGCGCGCCUUCAGCGAAGCGGGAGGAGAAACAGAAGGGGCUCCAUUCCUCCUUCCGCUUUGCGGAAGGGGCGCUGCGCAUAGAGGGAGAGCUGCACAUUUCCCCUUGCUUUUUAGGAGGAAAGAAGUGCGUCUUAUGGAGCGAAAAAUACGGUAGACGAGGGAGUGAAAUAGGAUGUUUGUUGGCUGGAGGUGCAUCAAGAGCUAAAGUGGUAAAUGGAUGUUUGAGGGCAGGAUGGCCUUCAGAUAAUUAUGCUAAAGGAAAUUUCUAAGCACAGCAUAUUUCCCUAGUCCUAAUUUGCACAUUGAGAGCUUUUGAGAAAGGGAAACAAUAUUUAAAUGCUUAUCUCUUCUCCUCCCCCACCAUAAAAUGGUACAGGCGAAAUGGUACAAUGUACCACAUAUAAUUUCUGCACACUUAAACUCACUGUUUGCUUCAAUAUCUGUGAUUCUCUGGGCCUUAAUCAAAUUUCAUCAUGGCCAUAGUCAUUCACAUGACAUGGUUGCUUCUUAAUGAAGGAAUGGCCAGACUUCUCUCUUUGUUUGUGGUCAGAGGCAGCUUGCCCCAACAUUGCUCUGACCUUUCUUUAAUAAUUCUUCUAUUUUAUUAACUCAUGAGCUGCCUUUGUAAAUGUUACCAUGUUGCUGGAGGAAAUAGCUAUAGCAGCAAAAUGAUGUUGUUAUGAAUUUUGUAUUUUUAUUUUGUAUUUUUAUGCUGUGAACUACCCUGAGAUUUAGGGAUGAAGGGCAGUAUCCAUAUUUAAUAAGUAAAAUAAAAAUAAAAUAAUUUUUCUUUCUUUUGGUCAUGUUGCUGAACAUUCAGUUCACUCUAAGUCAAGAAGUCACGGGUCUAUAACAAAGUCAAUUUAAUUUAUUUUAAGAAAUAACAGUGGGAAGAGUCUGGGCAGCAGUAUAGGAAUUACUAUCUUUGAACAUAUUCCCUGUCAUUUGGACAUUGUAGUUGUUUAGUCUUUCAUUUCAGACACUCAUGGAUGUAAGGCACAGUUAAAUUCCAGUUAGUCUUUUGGGCCUUUGAAACAUGCCUGCAGGUUUAGAACAAGGGGAGAGCUUGCCGCACCUUUAUAUUUACAAUACAAGCACCUGUACAGGAAGAUCUACCCUUUAGGGAGAUCAGGUAGACGAGACGAGACAUCAGAAGGAGAAGUGGGAAGAAAAGAAAUCUCUUUAAGCCAAGCAAGUGUUGCUGGUAGUUUAUUUGGCUAUCAUGUCCUUGAGGGGUGUGUGUGUGUGUGUGUUUAUAUAUUUUCAUUCAGAUUUAGGUGAGGCUUGCAGGGUGUCAGUGAAUGCAGAAAGAUAAACUAUCUAAAUUAUUAUUAUUAUUAUUAUUAUUUAUUAUUAUUUAUACCCCGCCCAUCUGGCUGGCUUUCCCCAGCCACUCUGGGCAGCUUCCAACAAAACACUAAAAUACAAUAACCUAUUAAACAUUAAAAGCUUCCUUAAACAGGGCUGCCUUCAGAUGUCUUCUAAAAGUCUGGUAGUUGUUCUUCUCUUUGACAUCUGGUGGGAAGGUGUUCCACAGGGCGGGCGCCACCACCGAGAAGGCCCUCUGCCUGGUUCCCUGUAACUUGGCUUCUCGCAGUGAGGGAACCGCUAGAAGGCCCUUGGCGCUGGACCUCAGUGUCCGGGCAGAACGAUGGAGGUGGAGCCGCUUGCCACUUUUGCUUCUGCCCGUUUGCUUGCCUCUCACCCACAGAGGGAGAGGACAAGACACCUGCUGAAGUUUCUGCUCUCUCCUCCCUUUGUUUGCUUGGAGAAGGAAGGCUGAAGAGCAGGAGGGCCAAAGGGCUCCCCUGAUGGGGCAGCAGCCCCCCCCAGCCUCCCCCCCCGCCAAGAAAGGUGGUAUAGAAAUGCAUUACAAAAAUGUGUUACUAACACCCACAUCGGCCCAAAUAAUAAUAACAGCUCCACCUGGUACGCAGGCUGAGACCCUAUCUGCCUGCGGACUGCCUUGCCAGAGUGGUGCAUGCUCUGGUUAUCUCCCGCUUGGACUACUGCAAUGCGCUCUACGUGGGGCUACCUUUGAAGGUGACCCGGAAACUACAACUAAUCCAGAAUGCGGCAGCUAGACUGGUGACUGGGGGCGGUCACCAGUACGUUUCCGAGUACAAUUCAAAGUGUUGGUGCUGACCUUGAAAGCCCUAAAUGGCCUCGGUCCUGUAUACCUGUCUCCACCCCCAUUGCUCAGCCCGGACACUGAGGUCCAGCUCCGAGGGCCUUCUGGCGGUUCCCUCGCUGCAAGAAGUGAGGUUACAGGGAACCAGGCAGAGGGCCUUCUCAGUAGUGGCGCCCGCCCUGGAACGCCCUCCCACCAGAUGUCAAGGCAAUAACUAUUUUACUUUUUAAAGACAACUGAAGGCGGCCCUAUUGGAAGUUUUUAAUGUUUGAUGCUGUAUUGUUUUUAAUAUUUGGUUGCAAGCCGCCCAGAGUGACUGGGGAAACCCAGCCAGAUGGACGGGGUAUGUAUAAAUAAAUAAAUAAAUAAAUAAACCCCACCCAUCUGGCUGGGUUUCCCUAGCCACUCUGGGAGGCUUCCAACAAAAGAUUAAAAGUACAUUAAAGCAUCAGUCAUUAAAAUCUUCCCUAAACAGGGAUGCCUUCAGGUGUCUUCUAAACGUCAGAUGGUUGUUUAUUUCUUUGACAUAUGAUUGGAGGGCGUUCCACAGGGUGCGUGCCACUACCGAGAAGGCCCUCUGCCUGGGUCCCAGAGUAGCUUUUCAUAGCCCCAAAGGAGAAACCCUUUUUGUAAAAUUUCCCUUCCUGACCCCCAAGUGCUACAGAUGGUUCCUUUGGGCAGUAAAGGUAAAGGGACCCCUGACCGUUAGGUCCAGUUGUGGAUGACUCUGGGGUUGUGGCGCUCAUCUCGCUUUAUUGGCCAAGGGAGCCGGCGUACAGCUUCUGGGUCAUGUGGCCAGCAUGACUAAGCUGCUUCUGGCGAACCAGAGCAGUGCACGGAAAUGCCGUUUACCUUCCUGACUGAGCUGUACCUAUUUAUCUACUUGCACUUUGACAUGCUUUCGAACUGCUAGGUUGGCAGUGUGUGUGUUUUAAAAAAAAAUAAUGUUAAUGUUUUGUUUUAUAUUUUUGGAAACCAUCUAGAGGGGUGGGUUGUUGUUUUUUACAAUCAAGUGGUAUAUAAAUGUUCUUAAGUAAAAUGAGGCCGGAGGAACAUUGCCCGGCUAUUGUUUUAUUGUUUUAAUGCUGUACACCGCUUUGAGGUUUUUAUUAAAAAUAUAAAGUGGUAUGGAAGUUAAUUAAAUAAAUAAAAUUAAAAUGCAGUCCUAUACCCACUUACCCAGGAGUAAGUCCCAUUGAACUAUAUAGGGAUUUACUGAGAAGGUGUGCAUUAGAUUGCUCUGUAAAGCUCUUUACUCUGAUGUUUGGUACUCAGUUUUCUACCUCAAGUACUUUAAACUGUUGUUUCUAGUUUUCACUUUUUCUCCUCUGUUUCCUUUCUUUAUGGUUUGGGAGAGAGGGCAGGCUGUGUUUCUUUAAAAAUACAAUUAAAACUCACAGCAUUCAGCAUAGUGUAUUACAGUUGCAACAACAGGUAGAAUAAUAAUUAAGUGGCCCACUGAGCAAUUUUCAAGUGGUCUGUGGGGGGAAAAGUUUCGGGACCACUUUCUUAAACAACAAAAUGUUGGAAUAAACAAUAAACUUAAAAAAUUAUUUCUCUGCUUGGUCGCCUGUAGCAGAUUCUUACUCCCACAGGCAAGUGGCUAUUUGCAAGCUAAAAUCAAGUGACCUUGACAAAUCAUAGCAAUAAUUUAUUACUUACACCACACCCACCUGACAGGGUUUCCCCAGCUACUCCGGGCGGCUUCCAACAUAAUAAAGACACAGCGAAACAUCACACAUAAAAAACUUCCCAGUACAGGACUGCCUUCAGAUGUCAUUGUGCAGUUGUUAAUCUGUUUGUCAUCUGAGGGGAGGCCGUUCCACAGGGCUGGCGCCACUACCGAGAAGGCCCUAUAGCAAAAGGAAGUCUACGGAAGGACAUUUACCUACGUGCAGAAACUUGGGAGAAGCAUUUAUAUUGCAAGACCUGUUUUGAAAGAGAAAGAGAUGUGCGCUGGGGGUCCAACAUAAUUUUCUGGCCUCCCACCUGUCCCUCUUUAGGUUUCCCCAUUCUGUACAUAUGUGGCACUCCUUGCCUUGACAAAGAGGGGCAAAGCUGACCAUUGAACCAUUUCCUAACAGGGAAUAAACUAGGAAAGGUCAGACAAAUGCUCACAGUGCACUAUGUUAUUUGCAGAAUUCCCACUGGUACUUUUUAAACUCAUGAGUGUGGUGGAGUUAAUUUUCAUUGUUGUUGCAGCUACAUUUAAUUUUGAGGACCAAACUGAUGAUGAUGAAUUUUCUUAAUUUGUUUUGGAUGGCAGGAUUUAUGUUUUAAGUAAAUGUGAACAUCUGUGGGUUUGCAGUACACAACUGUGACUAACUUAUUUUGCUCGAUAGUGGGGAGAGCAUCAAAGGGAAGGAAUGUUUUUUUUUCAGAUAAGUGAGUAUCUAUUUGCAUAUGUGCACAUGUGCGCACAUACUUGUGACGUAUGGUGAAAUGAAGCAGAAAGGUCCCAUUGUUACAGUCUGUGUGGAUGUUUAACUCCGAGCACAUCAGAAACGAGAUCCAAACAAGAUUAACAUUACAGCAAAUGUCCCUCUUCCCUCUAGCCCUGGUAAUCCCAGAUAGUCAAGGCAGAAGAUGUUUGGGCUUUGGUGGGUCUCCAAGUGGAGUCUAUGGAAUAGGCUCAAACCUCACCUUAGUCCAUCAUUUGCUUGUUCAUUUAGGAUUUGUAACCCCAAGAUGACGGAGAUAACAACAACAACAACAACAACAACAACAACUUAUUAUUUAUACCCCGCCCAUCUGCCUGGGUUUCCCCAGCCACCCUGGGUGGCUUCCAACACAAUAUUAAAAUACCGUAAUGCAUCAAACAUUAAAAGCUUCCCUAAACAGGGCUGCCUUCAGAUGUCUUCUAAAAGUCUGGUUGUUGUUGUUCUCUUUGACAUCUGGUGGGAGGGCGUUUCAUAGGGCGGGCGCCACUACUGAGAAGGCCCUCUGCCUGGUUCCCUGUAACUUGACUUCUCGCAGUGAGGGAACCGCCAGAAGGCCCUCGGAGCUGGACCUCAGCAUCCGGGUAGAACGAUGGGGGUGGACCGAGGCCGUUUAGGGCUUUCAAGGUCAGCACCAACACUUUGAAUUGUGCUCGGAAACGGACUGGGAGCCAAUGUAGGUCUUUCAAGACCAGUGUUAUGUGGUCUCGGCGGCCGCUCCCAGUCACCAGUCUAGCUGCCACAUUCUGGAUUAGUUGUCACCUUUAAAGGUAGCCCCACAUAGAUCGCAUUGCAGUAGUCCAAGCGGGAAAUAACCAGAGCAUGCACUACUCUGGCGAGACAGUCUGUGGGCUGUCUCAGCCUGCGUACCAGAUGGAGCUGGUAAACACCUGCCCUGGACACAGAAUUGACCUGUGCCUCCAUGGACAGCUGUGAGUCCAGAAUGACUCUCAGGCUGCACACCUGGUCCUUCAGGGGCACAGUUACCCCAUUCAGGACCAGGGAGUCCUUUACACCUGCCCACCUCCUGUCCCCCCAAAACAGUACUUCUGUCUUGUCAGGAUUCAGCCUCAAUCUGUUACCCGCCAUCCAUCCUCCAACCGCCUCCAGACACUCACACAGGACCUUCACCGCCUUCACUGGUUCUGAUUUGAAAGAGAGGAUUGCAUGAUAGGUGCUUGAUAACCUCCCUUCCCUGUUUUUGCGUUCAUGAAUUGCAUUAAAAUUGGUGAGUGGUCACAGACCUGCCGCAGUGUAGUCUUUCUUCAAGGAUAGUGAGUGAUCAGCCUUGGAUUGCCAGCGGUUAUAGGGAGGCAGCCUCUUGAGUUCACAGGGCCCAGGUUUUUUAAGGUAAUAAGGUGUGGAAGACUACUUGCUCGUCUUGGAGGUGUGAAACUUGUAAAGAACUAGUAUAGCCUCCAGUCUUUAUUGAAGCCUGUCUAUGGGGCAGUACACUUUCCGCUCUAGGGCUGGGAGUGCAUCAAAGCUUUUGUUGCUAGUUCUCAUCAGGGAAAAACAACACUGGUGUCUCCUCUAAUUGAGGGUGGGCUGUCUUUAAUGCCAUCAAGGGGGAGAAGUAAUUUUUUAAAGCAUCAAAGCCCCUUUUAUCUUAACAGCUGCUGGUCUGAAGCAUACACUAGAAUUUUUAUUUUUAUUUUUUAAGCAACUUUUGGGUAGUAUACAGGAGAUAUCCUGUCUCCAUGUUAGAAUGUAUGGAAAAGCAUAGCGUGUAUCACAUGUCCAAUACUGUAAGAGUGAGAUGUGGACUCUCAAGUUUGUGUAUCUGAAUUAUCUGCGUGGAGGUAGAAUGUUGCUGCCAAAUGGCUUUCUCAGCCAAUGACGUAAUGCCUUUGUUUUUCUGGAAACUGGUGUCUUGAAGAACGCUGUGAUGAUGCAGGUACAGAGUAAAGAGAGGAGGAGCGUUGGAAGGAACAAGGAAGCAAGUGCAAAUAGUGAGGCAGAAUGACACAAUCAGACUGCAGAAUUAUUUCAUUGUACUUUCAGUGUUGGGUGCUCUUUUGCUCACCUGGACAGGGAUAGGUUGCAGAUGGACACUGGGGAAGGAAUGUCUCUCUUGGGCUCCCCCUCCAAGACUUUAAUGUUAGCUGAUCCAAACCAGGGAUCUUUGGGUAUGGCUCUUGGCGUACAGUUAAUGGACCAGCAAUAUGCCAAAUGCAGCCAGUGGAAGUUGCUCAAACUGUGAUUAUGAGUGCACGUAUAUAAUACAGUGGUACCUCGGGUUACAUACGCUUCAGGUUACAUACGCUUCAGGAUUCAUACAUACGCGCCUUCCCAAAGCGGGAGAUCAGGUGUGAGAAGGGUGCGGGGGAUCUUUGGAGCAAGUCCAAACGUGUGGAGGCUGGGAAAGAGAGAGGCGAGCGUUUUUUUGCUCCAAAAGUGAGCUGGGGCCGCAGCCGGGGAGAUGAUCCAGAGUGCCUGGGAUAGGAAACCGGGAAGUCUUCGCUCCUGCCAGUUUUGCAAACCUUAGAACCCAGAUCCUAAAGAAACCCAAACCAACCCAGAAACUGCUCACUUGGGCUGCAUUUAAAAUACAGCGGUACCUCAGGUUACAUACGCUUCAGGUUACAUACGCUUCAGGUUACAGACUCUGCUAACCCAGAAAUAGUGCUUCAGGUUAAGAACUUUGCUUCAGGAUGAGAACAGAAAUCAUGCUCCGGUGGCACGGCAGCAGCAGGAGGCCCCAUUAGCUAAAGUGGUGCUUCAGGUUAAGAACAGUUUCAGGUUAAGAACGGACCUCCGGAACGAAAUAAGUACUUAACCCGAGGUACCACUGUAAUAGAGGCGAGUGUGUGCUCGAAGCUGUUAUUCUGUACAUUAUCUCUUGCCCAACUCCCUGAAAAGUGUGUGUGAAAUGUAUUUGCAGAUGUUAGCCUGCUUGCUAAACAUCUCACCAUCAGUAUGUUGGUGCCAAAGUCUUUGCAUCGUCUUUUUUGCUUGCCACACCUGCUUGCUUUUCAGUAAGCAUUGCACGGACUUACCACGCCCUUAACACGAAGCGAGUCCAUGAGUCCACCUAGUUUCCUAUUUUAUGGCAGCAGCUCUUCCAAGCUACUUUCUAGUUACCUUUAAGGUUGUAGAGACAUUUUUUUUUUAAUACUAUUAUUUACAGUGGUACCUUGGUUGCUGAACUUAAUCCGUUCCGGGAGUCCGUUCGACUCCUGGAACCGUUCGAAAACCAAGGCACAGCUUCUGAUUGGCUGCAGGACCUUCCUGCACUCAGUCGGAAGCUGCGUCAGAUGUUCGGCUUCCGAAAAACAUUCGCAAACUGGACCACUCACUUCCGGGGUUGCGGUGUUUGGGAGCCGAUUUGUUUGGGAGCCAAGGUACCACUGUAUUUCAAUGCUAAAAGAAUUGGGCAGAUUUGGAAAUGUACCCCAAGGUCCUCUAGUCCAACCCCUUGCAGAUGCAGGAAUCCUGCCCACAGUUUUCCCUGGGUGGGUUCGAACACCAACCUUCUGGUUAACAGCCAGACACAAUGAUCCAUUGUGCCACAGGAGAUUAUAAUUACUUGGAAGCAUGCUGAUUGUUAGAUCUAUUUCAGUCUCACGUGAUAAACUCAAUCAUAAGCAUUGCAUGUAACUACACUCCUGUCACAACGCUGAGGAGGAGUAUUAAGACAAUCAAAUAAUUUUUAAAAAUGAAGAAGGCUUUUUUUGUUUGUCCCUUUAUCAAUGGCCUUAAACCACCAGCCUAAAUUUGUCUUCAGGUUGUCUCUCUGGCAUGAGAUUACCUAUUUAUUGUUGCAGUUAUAUGCUGCCCUUUUCUCAAAGAAGCUCAAGGUUGUGUUCAUGGUUCUCUCCCUCUUCAAUUAAUUCUCACAACAACUCCGUGGGGUAGGUUAGGGCAGUGACUGGCUCAAGGUCACCCAGUGAACUUCAUAGCCAGAUGGGAAUUUGAACCCUGGUCUCUCAGACUGAAAACAUGUUUUCCUGUGGAUACUUAAUAAUGGAGCAAUUUUAGUUUCGUAUUCCAUUCUGAUCUGGAGCAAACCUGCUUGAUAUCUGUUGUCCUGUGUCCAGCAUUUCCCCCACUACUUUGCAGCGAUAAUUUGCCUUUGGCAAAGGUUGACAGUAUCCAUUUUUAAUUGCACGUGUUGUGUGUAGAUUUGUAAGUGCUUUCAACGAAUGUUUCUCUGUAGAGACUCCUUGGGGGAAUAUCCAUCUUCCCUGUUAUGAAAUGGAUAUUCUCCAAGGGUUAGUUUACAUAAUAUCUGAUCAGUGAUGUUGGAGGCCUUUUGUAAAUUUGAUAAGGUGCUUACUAAGUAAGUUGCGUUUGCCACGAAAACAGGCGUGCGAGCUUGAAGUGCUUUGGCGUUUGUGCAAGAGCAGGAGAACAAAGUGAAAGGUGCAGAGCAGCUUUUGUCACAUGCAACUGCACUCAUGACUAGGAGUGGCUUUAGCGCAUGGAGCAUUCUCAGACCAGUCUGCAUUUUAAUGUGCAAAUUGCAGGUUUGUUUUGCUGGUGUAUUUUGGGUGGAGAAGCAAAAUUGGAGCGCUCUCUGAAGCUCUAAUUGACUCUAUCACACCUCGUGUUCCUGUAGGUUCUUCACUUAUUUUGCACUUCCUGUCGCUGAUCAUGUGAAACGGCCUUUUCAAAGCAGUUUGGCUUAAUGUGCAAGCAACAGAAAUCAGAACGGGGCGCAAAGUAGGGCAGUUUCUUUGCAGGCUCUUUUGAUAAGCCGACUGUGUGCGCUUGGGAGUGGUCCAGUUUCUACAUACGGGAAUUUCAAGGCUUACCUCAUUUCUUUCGCCUGCUUCAGAUCCAUAUGCUGUUAACUGCAGGAAUUUGUUGAGAACUGCAUUUUGCUGGUUUUCAAACUUAGCUUUCUUAACUUCACUUUGCUCAAGGGGCACCAAAGGGGGGAACCAAGGAAGUGAUUAAAAAUCUAGACUUUCCAGUGUAUCCAUGUCACAGUGACUGAUAACAGCAGGUUUUUUAGCAGGUUCGGAGAGGCAGAAAUGAUUUGCUUCUCUGUUCCUUUCUUCGUUUUCGCUCUUUCUGUGUCUUUCCUUAGCCCUGCUUUUAACUCUCCUGGCAUCGCAGCCUACUUCUGCUGACUCAUGCCAGGCCUUUCUUCAGCACAAUUUGACAGCUUUUCAAAUACGAAUGCUAGCUUAACCAUAAAAGUUAUUUUUCUAAUGUCCUUAAUGUUUGGCCCCUGUGAGUAGUUUUUUUUCACCGAGCCGAAGCCUGCAUAAAAGUAAUUUAUCGCUGGAAAUUAAAUCAAGGCCAACUGCAGUGAUUCGGGCUUCAAAAAUUAAAAUCCCUGAUUGCUGACUCAAUUAGAAUGCCAGUGGGUAAGUACGUCAAGCCUCCAGCAUUUACAGGAAAAAGAAUUGGCGCUCUUUUGUUGUGUACUUCUGAGCUUAAAAGCACUUACAGACCAAAUUCAGUACUUUAUUCUGCUGUGCAUUAUUGUAUUUAUGUAACAGCCAUUGUCUUCUGUGUCGUGUGUCUUUGAAAGUGUUGGGUGAAUGUGGUCUUUGCCAGUGGCCUUCAGACUGUAUGGAAUGGUUUUUGUGUAACUUAAUUUUUAAAGCUUGCUGAUUUUUCUAUUAGAAUAGCAUUCUGUGGUGCUCUCCAUGCUGUGCUUAGGUUGGCAGGGUUGCUUUUCAAUGUCCUACCUCUUUCAAGUGAAUAUUCCAUGAAAAAGCCAACACUACCACUUUUAUAAAAGGUGUGUGGGGGGGGAUCAAAUAUUCAAACUUUGUGUUCCCACUGAUUAUUUUCUGCAGCAGUGUGUAAUGCAACCCUGAAAAGUGUGUGUGUGUGUGUGUGUGUGUGUGUGUUGUGAUGCAGUUGUGACCCUGGUCUAAAUUACAUCAUGCAGGUUAAAAUACAAGUUUGAUCUUAAAUUAUAAAACAGGUUAGGGAGAUCAUACCACAGCAUAUGUGUGUGAACCAUGUUAGGAAUAUUUCCAUGAAGAAAAAUGUGUGUGUGUGUGUGUGUGUGUGAUAUUUUCAUAGUAAUAUUUCUUCUCUGGUUGCAUAAUCUUUAUUAUUGGUGACAAUGUUCUAAAAAGGCUGCUCUUGGUCAUGCACUUUAAAAAAGUAUACAUAUGUUUGUAGCUUGCAGGUUGGAAGCAAAUAAGAAGGCAGUAAACUAUUGUCUGGGAACAUUUCAGCCUUUGAAUCAAUUUUCUUUUUGUGCUGUUGGGCAUUUUUUAUUAUGGAUUUCUGUGGAGUAAACUUAAGGACCCUGCUUUCUCCAGUCAUUGUACAAGGGACUUAGCUUCCAUUAGCAUUAAUGGGCAUUAACCAUUCCACGUAUAGAAAUUGCAGACAUGCAAGGCAAUGCAUAUAUUGCUUUGUGUGCACAGUUCCUGCAUUAUAACCACAGACUCAAGUCUUGUAUGCUGGGCAAUCGCAAGCCUUGUAUUUCAGUCCCUUAAGUAAAGGGGGACAGAGGCGGGGAAGAAGAGGCAGGGCAGGUUGGUGUAAAUCAGCCUUCCUCAAACUUUGGGUCUCCAGAUGUUGUUGCACUACAAUGUCCACCUUCUCAGGCAGCAUGGCCAAUGAUCAAGCAUGAUGGGAGUUGUAGCUCAGCAACAUCUGAGGAUCCAAGUUUGGGGAAGACUGGUCUGUAUGCAUCUACUAGAUUCCUUUUGGCUUCCAGAGUAGUCUUUUAGGGUUGCAUGUUACCUUCCUCAGAGAUCUCAAAAACUGGCACACUCUUAAUAUAAAGUCUGUAUUCCUUCUGAUUGUUCAGAUGAGUCUGAACAUUCAGUAUGCCAUCGUAACUCAAGGGCUCAAAUCGAACCUUCGGAGCUGUCUAAAGACUCCUGUUGCUGCAGAGACCUGGAUUUGGUUUGGCUUUUUCCCUCCUGCUUUUCCUCCUUACUGCUCUACCAACUCUGAGCAGCUGGCUGGUGCUUAUAGCCAUAGGUUGAUGUGAAGACUGAUAAGAUGUGGGACAUUUGGAGAAAAUGAGGUAGCCAGGUGGAGGUGUGUGGGUGGGAGAUCUCAGUGGUAGAACAUACACAUUAUGCUCAGAAGGCAUCAGGCAAUUCCUGACAUCUCCAGGUGGGGCUGGGAGAGACCGCUGUCUGAAACUGAAAAGCCACUGCCGGUCAGUGUAGGCAGUGCUGAGUUAGAUAGAACAAUGGUCUGACUGUAUUAGACAAGUUCCUAGGUUUCCUAUGGUGCCUUUCUCUGUUGAUUCAGGUCUCGCCCACAAGAAGGAGAGUGUGCAGGCAGUUAGUUGCUAAGCAGCUGCUCAUGUUCUAAACUUCAUCUGUUGAUGUAGUCUUCAGAAAUGCCCUAGUGCUACAUCCCAAUUAGUUAUCGUACAUCAUCACAUAGUUACAUCAUCACAUAGGUGAUCCUGAUUGACUGUAAUGUCUUCAGCAUGCAGGGCAGGUCCUACUUGGAAAUAAGAAAACAGGUCUCCUUCUUUGGCGACAUAGGAAGCUGCCUUAUACUCAGACAGUAGGUCCCUGUAGCUCAUACACAGAUAAUAUAUCUAGAUAAUUUCAUUUGUGUGCCGCCUUUUCAUAGUUCAAGCCAUGCUCAAGGCAGCUUACAGCAUGAAAAAAAUACCUAAUUACAACAUCAGCAAGGCAGUUUAUCACCUCCCCAUCAGUGUUUGUAAUUAGCCAGAUGCCAGGUGUAUUAUGCAGAUGACACAACCUUGAUGGCAGAAAGUGAGGAGGAAUUAAAGAACCUUUUAAUGAGGGUGAAAGAGGAGAGUGCAAAAUAUGGUCUGAAGCUCAACAUCAAAAAAAUGAAGUUCAUGGCCACUGGUCCCAUCACCUCCUGGCAAAUAGAAGGGGAAGAAAUGGAAGCAGUAAGAGAUUUUCCUUUCUUGAGCUCCAUGAUCACUGCAGAUGGGGACAACAGUCACAAAAUUAAAAGAUGCCUGCUUCUUGGGAGAAAAGCAGUGAAAAACCUAGACAGCAUCUUAAAAAGAAGAGACACCACCUUGCCAACAAAGGUCCGUAUAGUUAAAGCUAUGGUUUUCCCAGUCGUGAUGUAUGGAAGUGAGAGCUGGACCAUAAAGAAGGCUGAUUGCCAAAUAAUUGAUGCUUUUGAAUUAUGGUGGAAAAGACUCCCUGGAAAAGACCCUGAUGUUGGGAAAGAUGGAGGGCACAAGGAGAAGGGGAUGACAGAGGACGAGAUGGUGGGACAGUGUUCUCGAAGCUACCAACAUGAGUUUGACCAAACUGCGGGAGGCAGUGGAAGACAGGAGUGCCUGGCGUGCUCUGGUCCAUGGGGUCACAAAGAGUCGGACUAAACGACUAAACAACAACAAAUCAGCAAUCUGCGACCAAGUGAAGAUGCCUGGGUGCCAUGAUUGUGCCUGACAUACCCGCCAUCUGGAGGUGCUUUGCCUGAGGAUCUUUGGAUCUUGACUGGUUUCACACACUAAUACCACAUCCUGUUGAGUCUACCAGUUGUAUUUUAUUUGCCCAAUCAGAAUGAAUUUCAGGAACCCUAAUGCUUUUUCUGUGCAGCCGGAGCAGCAGCAGUGAACGAUGCUAGAGUUAGUUGUUGUCACUUGUCUUCACUUAGCCCACCCCCUUGCCCUGCUCACAGUUGUGAAGAAUAUUCCUCAUGGUCCAUGUCACCAUUAACAAAGAAAGGUCGAAGUAGGCCAAUGUAUACGUGGACUGUCUCUGGAUAAAGUGACUUUUCUUCCUUAAAUUCUCAAAGUUUAUAUUUUAGUUCAAGGUUGUCAUCUGAACUAGCCAAAUGUUUAACUGAUAAUCACAGUCAGUCCAUCAUUUGAAAAAUAAGGCUUCAGAGCCAUCUUGCCCCAAAAUGGCAACUAGACUUUCUAUCUUGCUGACUGUAACUUUGGUUUAAAGAGCCAUUUGGUGCCUGGCUUUUAUAUAUGAGUUUCUAACACUGCCCCCCCAUCCCCUUCUACUUUCCUCUUGGUUAAAUGAAAUUACCCUAGACCGUGUUAAUUGUUUCUUCACCUUCCUUAGUAAUUAAAAGAAUAAAGGGUCUUAGUGGAAAGUAGAUUUAGCUCAGGAAACUGGGAUGCAGUCAUAGCUCCUAGAGCAGGGGUAGGCAACCUAAGGCCCGGGGGCUGGAUGUGGCCCAAUUGCCUUCUCAAUUCAGCCCGCGGAUGGUCCGGGAAUCAGCGUGUUUUUACAUGAGUAGAAUGUGUCCUUUUAUUUAAAAUGCAUCUCUGGGUUAUUUGUGGGGCAUAGGAAUUCGUUCAUUAUUAUUUUUUCUAAAUAUAGUCCAGCCCACCACAUGGUCUGAGAGACGGUGGACUGGUCCAUGGCUGAAAAUGUUUGCUGACCCCUGUCCUAGAGGCAGGAGGAAGAUCUAGCCCAUCUCUUUCAUGCAAAUGGCUGUGCCCUGAGGAUUCCUAAUUGGCUCCUGAUUGCCAAAUCACAUCAAAAGAUGUUUGAACGGGAGAUUGUUGGAUCUGCUUGCUUGACCAGGCUGUUUUCAAUGGGACUCGCUAAAGUCUUUUUCUGUGACGAAAGGUAUUCCUUGAGACAAAUGUGCUCUUCUCCCCCCCACCACCCCCAAGACAGGGCUAGCAUCAAGCAACAGACAGUGACUGCUGGUUGAAUGCAUGGGUAUGCAGACUUGCAGUUGAUGAUCCAAAAGGGGCUGAAAAUGGAGUCAAGAAAGACUGACCGAGUGAUCUAAUUGUCACGAUUAAUGUUUGUAUUUAUGUGGGUGGGGGGAAUGGAGAGAGAGAGUGGGUUCUGGGUUUGUUUUUUGAGGCGGGAGAGUGCUGCCCAUCUCCCCAAGCUGAAAACCCACCCCUAUAAGUUGCUACAGACGAUGGUUCUUGCAGUCAUACUCGGUUUAUGUAUGAGUUGCGUUGUUUAUCACCAUUCACAGUGCCCAGGACUAUUACGUGGUUGUCCAUUGUGCUAUGCUUGUGCAAUCUUGUUGCACACAACAGAAGUCACUGUUGUUAUUUCCAAUAUUUGGGAGAUGCGAUAACCCUGCCGCUGGAGUGCCAUCCUGAGGGAAGAUGUCUGGAUCCGACGCACUAAAUUGCAACUGCAUGUUUAUUAAAAAGGGGGGGAAAUGGGGGGGGGAGAUUGCAUGCAAAUUCUUUAAAACAACUUCAGAGAAAGAGAGAUGUAACAUGUGUUAGCAGUACCGAUUAUUAGUUGGCCACUCAUGCUGGGAAGCUGGUAUUUUGGGGGGGACAUUUCUCAACAUGUAAAGGAUCAAUAGCUUCUCAAGAAUUUGUCUAAUUGACAUGCCGUGUAAUUACAAGAAAAGUAGUCAUUUCCCAUCAUUAAUAAAAAUUGAGAUUUCAGCAGACUGAUGACUCUGGAGCAUUACGAUGGGAUUUCACUGGCAUUGACAAAGGAAGCAUCAGAGGUUACCGGCCACUGUCACAAGAUUUUGCAAACUUUAUUUAUCACCUCCCUGUUCCAUUCCUGUUGUGGCAUUGUGGGCUGAGCCUGUUGCCCACAUAAGCUAUUGCAUGUUGAAACAGGGGCUGGGAUGCAGGAGGCAAUCAACGGAUGCUGCAUAUUUUUCUGGGUUUUGUUGUAGCAUAGUUAUUGAUCAGUUUAAGGAAUCUAGGUCAGGGAUUACUGUUCAUGUGUUAAAUGGAAACACAUUGGGCCGGGAUCCACAAAUUUUGGCUUUGCUGAAAACUAACAUGUCUCCCGUAAACAUUUUUAUUGCCUUUUUCUAGAUGAUCACCAUACAGCGUGACUAGAUAUAUAGAUAUAUAAUGAAACAAUGAAACCACAAAACCUUUAGGCAUGUGGCCCAUGUCGAAAGAGACACAAUACAUUAUCCAUCUACAUCGCAUGGAGAGGAAGAUGUAAAACAGGAAAGUACAUGCAGUCAUAGCCUCAUAAUUACACAUGGUGCCAGAUUUUCCAGGCCUGUAAAGCUGGCCUUUGAGAACAUAUCAUUUGAAGUAAAGUCAGUAAAGGAUUGCCAAAUCAUAUAGAAAUAAUCUUUGCAAUUCAGAGAAUUUGAGGGAGGGCAGGCGUUGUUGCCAGUGGUGGUCUGUUUGUGAUGUCAGCAUAUUGAAGGCAGUAUGGGCAUAUCGUAUAUUGCUUUUUUCUUUCUUUCAUAUUCUCACUUUUAUGUGUAUCUUUGUUGUUGUUUUUCUCCCUCUCACUUUUCCUUCUUUUUUUUUGUACCACUUUAUUUCUUUUAAUUGAAAUCACCUUAAUAUAUAUAUUUUUAAAAAAGCAUACUGAAGCCAAAUUCAUAUGCAGUUUACAUUAGACGUAGCUCUCAAGUAUAUUUGUGAAAAGACAAAUGUGUGGUGUAAAACGGCUCCUAAAAUGUUGAUAUGCCCACCUCAGAUUUCAAUUAAAAUAACUUUAAAAAGGGGAAACACGGGUGGUGCUGUGGUCUAAACCACAGAGCCUAGGGCUUGCCGAUCGGAAGGUCGGCGGUUUGAAUCCCCGCGACGGGGUGAGCUCCUGUUGUUUGGUCCCAGCUGCUGCCCACCUAGCAGUUCGAAAACACGUCAAAGUGCAAGUAGAUAAAUAGGUACGACUCCAGCGGGAAGGUAAACGGCAUUUCCAUGCGCUGCUCUGGCUCACCAGAAGCGGCUUAGUCAUGCUGGCCACAUGACCCGGAAAAACUGUCUGUGGACAAACGCCGGCUCCCCCAGCCUAUAGAGCGAGAUGAGCGCGCAACCCCAGAGUCAUCCGCAACUGGACCUAAUGGUCAGGGGUACCUUUACCUAACUUAAAAAAGAGAACUUAGCUGGAAUCUGAGGGUGCAUCUGUGUUCUGAGAUGUAUUACCUUUUAGUAAAAUGGCACAGGUGUUGGGAAGAGACCCUGCUCUGGAUGUAGGAUUCAGUUUAUUCAGUUCUAGUUAAAGAAAGGGAAGGCACAAUUUUAUUUCAUGACUGUCAUCGCUUUGCACAGAAACUGCAGUGUUAAGGUUUAUGGUUUACCUUUACUUAGAACUGACCUCCUUGAGUAGUUCUGCCUAGCCCAGUUUAAAGUUUCUCUUUCUGUGUCUGCCCUGAUAAGCAAUGUGCUCCCUACAUUAACAACUUAAGCUCUUUUUGGUUUAAAUCCAUUUAAAGUUAAGCCUGCUUCAGAGACUGACCUCCCCAAACCAACAGAGGGCUGCGUUUAUCACUUCGUGGAAUCAGCAUUUCUAAUUCAUGACACAAGAUGGGCCCAGCGGCUUCUUGACAGCAUAUUCAAUAGCUCAUUGUGCACCUGCUCCUUUAAUUCAGCACAGAAGCUCUGCUGUCCACAUCACCUUGCUCAGUAAAUGUUGUCGUCUGCAUCUAUUUUUAUUUUCUUUCUCUUCAAUUCUCCAGCUGCUUUCUGGGCAGCAGCAACAGCCUGGCUGCUCUUUUCUGGUGCCCAUGUAUUACGAACACAUCCAGCAUGUUCUUUUGUAGACAGCCAUGGUCUUUGUAGGGAUGUCUGGGUGAUGGGGGUGUGUGUGUGUCAUUUUCUUUGUCAUUUUCCUGGCAGUUUGGCUUCUUACAGAUGUUUACUCAUCAUCAGUGCAUAGUGUUGUACCAUACAGGGCAUUGAGGCAACCUCGUCUGAGCAGAGGAAACAUGCAGUUGAGGUAAUUGUGAAUACAUGCCUGGUGUCCUUCUGCCUUUGCCCAUCUCUUUGAAGUUGUGCUGGCAUCUGUCUGUCUUGGGAAACAAUGUAGGAGUGUGGCUUUGGGAGUGGGGUCAAACUGUUGGAAGGUUGCAGUGCCUGCUGUGGCUUUAGAGACCAAAUAAGGGACAGACAUGUUUUGUUGCAGCUGGGGCAGAUGGAGGUAUCCGGUUGUGCUGCUGCAGAUGCGGAUGAAGCCGGGCGUUUCUUUCCUCUGAGCUCCUCCCAGCGGUUAUCCCUCCUCUGGUCAUUGCUAUAGGAAUACAUGACGUGUCUGUCUGGCUCCUGGCACUGCGGUUGUCUGCAAGGGUUUCCCAGAUGGCAGGCUUGAUGUUGCCAGCCUGCAUGUCACGUUUGCAAACAUCUUUGUAACUCUUUGAUGUGCUCUUUCAUAUAUUAUCCUUUUCAGCACUACCCUGUUUUCCUGAAAAUAAGACAGUGUCUUAUAUUAAUUUUUGCUCCCAAAGAUGCGCUAGGUCUUAUUUUCAGGGGAUGUCUUAUUUUUCCAUGAAGAAGAAUACUGUACACAUAUUCCGGGGACGCCUUAUGUUCGGGGGAGGCCUUAUAUUACAGUGAGAGGCAAAACUGGAAGUAGGUCUUAUUUUGGGGGGAUGUCUUACUUUUGGGGAAACAGGGUAGUAAUGCCAAGCUGUGAGCGUAACAAGAAAUACUCUGUAAAAUAAGCCCAUGCUACCUUGGGCCUAUCUAUCAUUGGCUUUGUGUGUUGGUUGCUAUUCUUCAUGCCUUGCAUAUUCUACUAGUACAUUUAUGUUAGCAGUGACCAGUGCAACAGACACCUUGCUUGUAGGCCAAGAUCAAAAGGUUGAAAUAUAAUAAGCUUAACUUGACCACUGUUGCUUUAAAUCAGACUGUUCAUUCUACUUGGUUAUUUUGUUACUGCCACUUUGAAAAGUUACUGGAGAUUCAUCCCUGCUCUUUUCAACCAAUUACCCCAGCCCCUCCAACCCACUUAACCACUUGGGCCAGAGGGCUACACUUGCAGAGUCUUCUUGCUCCUCGUGCUCUGGAGAUUCUCGGAGUUCACCUGAACCUCUGCCCAAGUCUUUACCUGGGCACAGCAGCCUCUGCUAACUGUGAGGCAAUCCACAGUCCAUCCUAACCCUUGGCUUCUAAGUUACCUCAAAGGCUGCCUCUUGGGACACUCACACUUACUUGUAAACCUCCUUCAGCCCCAGUCAGUGAUUUCAGCUCUUUGAUCCUUGAGGCUUUGCAAGGCUCUUGCUUUAUUUUAUUUUGGUUUUCCCAGUAUGGUUUUCCUAGUAGUGAUGUAUGGAAGUGAGAGCUGGACCAUAAAGAAGGCUGAUCGCCGAAGAAUCGAUGCUUUUGAAUUAUGGUGCUGGAGGAGACUCUUGAGAGUCCCAUGGACUGCAAGAAGAUCAAACCUAUCCAUUCUGAAGGAAAUCAGCCCUGAGUGCUCACUGGAAGGACAGAUCGUGAAGCUGAGGCUCCAGUACUCAUGAGAAGAGAAGACUCCCUGGAAAAGACCCUGAUGCUGGGAAAGAUGGAGGGCACAAGGAAAAGGGGACGACAGAGGACGAGAUGGUUGGACAGUGUUCUCGAAGCUACCAACAUGAGUUUGACCAAACUGCGGGAGGCAGUGGAAGACAGGAGUGCCUGGCAUGCUCUGGUCCAGGGGGUCACAAAGAGUCGGACUAAACGACUAAACAACAACAAUAUUCCCCCUCUCCUCCAAGGAGCUCAAGGCGAUGCACAUGGUUCUCCUCCCCAUAUUAUUCUCACAACAACCCUGUGAGGUAGGUUAGGCAAAGAGCGAGUGACCAGCCCAGGGUCAACCCAUGAGCUUCAUGGCUGAGUGGGGAUUUGAACCCUGGUCCUAGUCCAGCACUCUAAUGACUACUUCACCUCCACGUCCCUAUGCCCUUUGCCUGGCUCCUGGCUCCAGCUCCUGCUGCCUCACGGGAUAACUUGACCAUGGUAGGGUGAGGCAGAGGGUCUGCUGUGCUGUGCCAGAGAAACGCGCCAAAUUUCAACCCACUGUUUCUGUGUCAAUGUACAAGGCCUCCCUCUCAAAGCUGUCCUUGCUUUGACAGAAUGCCGGCUGACAGUUCAGCCACCUGAAGUCCUAUUUUGGAGACGUCGCAUCUCUUGCAGCUCCUCACGGCAAAUCAGGAUCAUUUACUCAGUUAACUGUGAAUUUGUGUGUGCAACUUUUAAAACAAACGCUUUACCUUAAGAAAAGAACAAGUAAAGAAAAGGGAUCCACCCCCCAAAUAAUUUUCUCUCCUUCUCUCCUGCUUCCAGCAAAAGAGCCCAAGAUGUGUGGGGAGCUAGCCAGACAUUUGGGAAGAGAGCAGGAUCUCUCACCUCUGUCUAGUGAGUGAGUGGCUUUAUGGAGUCCUGGUCUUCAGAAGAUGCAACCCUCUUCCACAUGAACUACAUUGUUUGCAGAUCUCCAUCAUGCACAAAUCUGGUCCUUUCCCUUUGGGAGAGAAUCCACAAUUGUCAUUGCAAACAGGCAGCAGUAGUCAUCAAUCACUUAAUCAGCCACUUAAUCAUUUUUCAUCACGUCUCUUGUCCAGUCACAAACAGCUCUAUUUUGCUGGUUAAGAACGUUUAGCAGUCAGGAAAUCAUUUAAACGUUCACAAUGUACACUAGCUCCAGAAUGUGACGUAUUAAUUAAAUUCUGCUGCAUCAAAUCUAUCUUCGCUCCCCCCUUCCCCCAACAGCUCUGUAAGCUUUAUAACUCCGGUCUGUGAAGGAUUGUGUAUAAGCGAGUUUUCCUCAUACUGGAGAACUGUAAAACACAUGUUCUGGUUUAUUUUUUUAAUAAACUUUUUUUUUAUUAGAUUAAGCACACCAAAGAACGCUAUAAAGUGAAUGCAUGUCAGAAGAAUAUUGGUGCAAGAAUUAAACCUCAGAUCUCUCCCCCCACGUUCGCCUUCAUCCUUGCACAUAAGAAACUAAUAGCGCUGUGUCCAGGAAACUAACUCGACUGCAGAUUUAAAGCACCAGGCAGUAGAAUCAAACGAAAUUAUUUUGGCUGUCUUUGUGAAGCCAUCCAAAACUUGCGAACUGCGCUUUGUAUGUCAAACGUUUAUGACCAUGUUUCCUUAGUCAUUUCACUUUUAGAUUGGGAAACUGAACGAUAUAGAUUAAUAAAGUAUUCCCACCUGUAUCCCCACCCCCAGCCUUUUUGGAAAGUACCUGGCAGGUGAGCAACUACAAGAAGCAACAGGUGCGCUGUGUGUUUUGUACUUCUGAGCUCACCUAAUAAUGCAUUUCAGAUUCCUAUGUGAUUUUAUUUUAAUAGGUUGUUUUCAUUUGGCGUAAGCCCAUUCAUAGCUUCCUUAAAAACUAAUAGCAAGUAUGUAUUAAAGAUUAUAUAAGAAUCUGUGUCAUUCACCGGGAUCUCCUCUUGGGUAGAUGUGCUGUUGAAAUACUUGAAAGAGGCCGUGUCUGUUGUUAGGCUUAGCUGUAACUUCCAUGUUUAGUAGCUCAGCUAGGGCUUCUGUUUCCCUGAUGCCUCCCCCAUUUUGUAUUUCACUUUGGAGCCAGAGAUUUCUUGUUGCAAUGGCUGGUGCUGAACUGGGAGCAGCUGUGCAAAUUCUAACUUCGAGGAAACCCCCUUAAACUUCUCCUUUUAUAGAAAGCGGAAGGGCAAGGCUCCGAUAGUGCUGAUGUGGAUUUCUAGAAUUAUCCCUCCAAGCAGUAUAUUUAGUUGGAGGAAGUAGGAGGUUGGGUUCAACAUGGUGCAAUGUACAGCACGGUCGUGCCUGUACCAUACCUGUUUGCAUAUGUUGCAAGUGCCCAUAAGCUGAAUCCGGCACAAGGAAUCCAAUACUUAGGCAACACAACAUUUUGGGGGUACAGGAAAAAACAGAAAACAAGAUGCCAACAUGCUCCAAGCCAGGGGACAGCAAACUUUUUCAGCAGGGGGCCGGUCCACUGUCCCUCAGACCUUGUGGGGGGCUGGACUAUAUUCCUAUGCCCCACAAAUAACCCAGAGAUGCAUUUUAAAUAAAAGGACACAUUCUACUCAUGUAAAAGCACGCUGAUUCCCGGACUGUCCACAGGCUGGAUUUAGAAGGUGAUUGGGCCAGAUCUGGCCCCCGGUCCUUAGUUUGCCUACCCAUGUAAUCUAAGCAUUGCAAGCCUGUGCUGUUACAAUGAGAGGUAUGGGAAGUUGCAGUGGAGGCAACAGCGUUGCAUGUCAGCUGCUCCUGUUUUCCUUUCUCUCAGAAAUGAGAACUUGCUAGCUGUGCUCCGUUAGCGUUUGCAGCUUGUCAACACAGAGGCAUGGUUUCCAAACCAUGAGGGGUUCAGCCCUAGAACUUCUUUCCAACAGUGAGGCUGAUGGGAUCUGAGCAGGAUCCGUGGCUCUUCAGAUCUUGGGGCAAAUGCCCUGCUGGGGACGAAGCAGGGAAGGGUUGAAGGUAAAAACAUCCACUGUUGCUAUAACCUUUUUCGGUCUGGAAAGCGUGUGCUUGCCUCUCCAGGACUAACCUGUGCUUCUUCCCCUAGUUUAAAGUGUCUCUCUAUACUAGUUAUGAAGAAAGCCUUUUCUCUUCCUUAGAGGACUUACGCGGGCCCUUUAUUUUUUAUUUAUUUUUUAAAAAAGCAGUGCAGGUGCUGUAUGAUGCGCCGGGUUCAAUUAAAAAGUGUAAAUGCUUUUGGCUCUUCUUUGUAAAGGGGAGCCAAUCAGUAUUUUUUCUGCUGCUUUUGCAGCCUAUUAAGUGCAGACCUCCCAGCUGAGGCUGGAAAUGGGACACACAGCGGCGUAGCUGUCAGGAUGCCACAUCUACAUGGAAAGGAGGGAGCGCAGAAUUAGGGCGCUGCAGCAGCCUGUUCUUAUUACUGCAAGAGCAAUUCCUUUCUUCUUCAGAGGGGAAGACACUGAAUACAUGCAAAUGGAAUAAAAGGGAUUGCGGGAGGAAGGAAGGAAUGGGGAAUGACUUCCAGAUCUUCCAAGCUAGGUUUAUUUGGUUCACAUGGCUUCUGAUUUGUGUCGUUGGAACUCCUCAGUUUGGUAUGUAGAUGUUUAUUGGCUUGUUGGAGAUGAUUUGUAAAGCAAAAUGCGCUUGAUGACGAAAAGCUAAGUUGUGACCUUGGGUCAGAGUUGCCCCUUUGCUUUGGUUCCUUUUAAAUCUUGUUUCCUGCAGAUCCUGUAUUUCAGGGGUGGUGGUCUUUCAGAUACAGUGGUGCCCCGCAAGACGAAUGCCUCGCAAGACGGAAAACCCGCUAGACGAAAGGGUUUUCCGUUUUUGAGUUGCUUCGCAGGACGAAUUUCCCUAUGGGCUUGCUUCGCAAGACGAAAAUGUCUUGCGAGUCUUGAGAUUUUUUUUUCGCUUUUCCCCCCUUUAUCUAAGCCGCUAAGCCUUUAAUAGCCUUUUAGCAGCUAAUCCGAUAAGCCGAUAAGCCUUUAAUAGCCGCUAAACCGCUAAUAGCGCUAAUCCGUUAAGCCGCUAAUAGGGUUGCUUCGCAAGACGAAAAAACCGCUAGACGAAGACUCUCGCGGAACGGAUUAAUUUCGUCUUGCGAGGCACCACUGUAUCGCUGAACUACAACUCCCACAAUCCCUGGCCUUUGGCUGUGCUGGUUCCGUCUGAUAGGAGCUGUAGUUCAGCAACAUCUGGAGGGCCGCAGUUUAACCACCCCUAGUAUAUUGGAGCUAGAGAUCUUCAGUUUAUUUCAGCCUUGUAUUUACUUGUGUGAUCCAAGCACUGUUCUACGAUUACGGCCAGUUGAGGGUAGAGAGGUCAAGAUGUGGGAGGUAUAAAUGAUAGAGCUGGUCUAAUGCAAUGUCUGUGAGACUGAGUUAAGAGCCGGGUGCUCUCACGGGUUUGCUGUAAGAAUUGCUGAGAUACCGCGAAGCUCUGUUGAGUGUUCAAAGCCCUAGGUUGGCAGAGGCUGCUUCACACAGUGCAUAAGUAAUGUUGCCACAAGAUGGUGUGAUUUGCCAUGGGUUUAGAUGACUUUAAAAGAGGAUUGGGCAGCUGCAGGGAGGAAGUUGUAGUCUACCAAUGGCUUUUAUUCCCAAUGGCAAUAUGGGAAACUCCAUGUUGAGAGGCAGUUUCUGGAGGUGGGGAAGCAGCAGGUAAAAGCAGUCCUUGAUACUCCGCUUGUGAGCUUCCAGAAGUGGUGUCUGAGUGGAUGCCAUUGGAAAUAAAAAGCUGCUCCAAAUGGAUUUUCUGGUUUCAUAUAGCAGGGCUGCUCAAUUUUUUUAAAAAACGGGUUAAUAUUUCUAUCCAGCCCUCCCUCCAAGGAGUUCAGGUGUUGCACACCUCACUAUCUCAUGAGGUAGGUUGGGCAGAGUUUGUGACUGACCCCACAGUUACCUGGCAAACUUCAUGACCACAUGGGGAUUUGAAGUCUGAUCUACUCUACCCCCUACUUUCUCAGCCUUGGGUCCCCAGAGGUUCUUGGACUACUGCUCCCAUCAUCCCUGACCACAGGCCAUGUUGGCUGGGAAUGAUGGGAGUUGUAGUCCAGCAGCAUCUAGGGACCCAAGGUUGAGGCAGGCUGCUCUAGCCAUUAAUAAGCCAAACUAGCAUUUCAUUUUUAUGGUUGUGGUUCUCAAGAUACGCAGCUGGCACAGACUUGGUGCUGUUGACAUGAAUACUGCAUUAGGUACGUGGGGACACAGUUACCUUGCUGGAUCCCUCCUGGAGUUGCUUCACUCAGUAUCAUGUCUCCCAACAGCAACCAAAGGGAUGCUCCUGAGAAGUUCAAUAGCAGGACAUGGUGGUGGUUUAUUUCCAGCAUAUGGUGAUGCAGGUCCAUUUUUAGCUGCUACUGGCUAAUAGUAAUCGCUGCCUUGUACUGUUCUAGAGAACCUCGGAUAUUUCGACCCUUGAAUUCACAUGCCUGAGCUUGAGGUACCCAUAUGUCCAUGUGCUUCCUCCUGCUUUUGUGUGAAUCAGCCUUGAAAAGCCUCGGCAGGGUUGCAUUGCUGAAAAACAGUCUCCUCUGGGUGAAAGAAGUGUUUUACAGUAGAUGAGAGAGGAAGAUCUUCUGAAGCAUCUUUGGAAAUGUACAGUGCGGUAGACUUUAUUACAUUCCCUUCUCCCAGGACAAGAGCGAGCUCAGUUGGCACAAGCUUCUGCUUGUAUAUGAAUAAGCAGCAAUUAUGAUGAAGCAAGCUUGCUUCAGACUUCAAACACCAGGGAGUUAAUUUGCUGUAGCCUGAUUGAAAACACAAAUAAAAGAUUUGUAAGUGGCUUGCCUUGGGAUAGAGAAAAUCCAGCCGGCGUGCGGGGUUCUUUUUUAAACAUGCAGAUGUUCAGUCAUAGUUUCCUUCUGCUGCAGGUAUUUGACUACGCAGAAUUAAUGUGUGCCACCUAUCUUCAGAAACAGCCUCUUUUGUUAUUGGUUCAUACAUUUAGCUGCGCUAGUUUUCUGUGGCUAGUGCACACCCGACUGGACAGCAUUGCCAUUUGCUAACAUCCUGUCUUUAUGUUGCUGCAUGAGCCACCCUGAUAAUAUUUAUUUAUAUUGAAGGGAGGCAUAGAAGUGUGUAAAACAAAGAAGGGAUAUGCAUGGUAAGGAGCUGGUGUGCCUCUCCCAGCCUUGUAAUGUGAUGCAGUCAUGCGCAUGCACGCCCAUUCUGCACGAACUUUCUCCACUUUCUGAGGGGAAUGACUUGCACAUAAUUGGGUUCAUGCUGCUUUCACUUCCAGCCUCUCCUGGACUUUCACCAGCAUCUGGCUGGCAGGGUAACCAGACAGACCUGGCUACUUAGCCAAGCAGGGAGGGAAUGUCAAAGACCCAAGAAAGUGGAGGCCAAACUCAAGAAGGCUGAAGCACUGGACUUUCCCCCAAGCAAAUCUUAAUCCGUAAGAGAGCUCUAUGGUCAAGUGGUCUUAAGCACCUAUCCAGCAGGAUUCACAAGUACUGUCAUGCUCUCCCUGUUGCCAUGCAACCUCCCUCGGUCGGGUUGUGGACUCUCCUUCCUUGGAGGUUUUAAAGCAGAGGUUGGAUGGCUACAUGUCAUGGAUGCUUCAACUGAGAUUCCUGCAUUGCAGAGGGUUGGACUAGAGCAGGCUUCCUCAACUUCGGCCCUCCAGAUGUUUUGAGACUACAGUUCCCAUCAUCCCUGACCACUGGCCCUGCUAAGCUAGGGAUCAUGGGAGUUGUAGGCCCAAAACAUCUGGAAGGCCAAGGUUGAGGAGGUCUGGACUAGAGGACCUUUGGGAUCCCUUCCAGCGCUACAAUUCUAUGAUUCUUUGCUCAUCUUGCUAAGGGAUGCUGGUGCAAGGAGGUGGACAAGCAAGCAAAAGAUGGAUCUCUUAUGAGCUCUUCUGCUUGAUCUUGCCUGGAAGCCUUCUGGCCUGCUGUAGCCUUGCCAUAUGAAACUUUGAUUUUACCACAGCAGAUGGCUUUGAGGUUAGUCCUGUGGGCUCGCAUGUGAAAAUGGAUUUUGCACCCCCUGGGGUAUCUAUGAAACUUGUUCGAAAACCAUCCUGUGAACUGCACUUGGAUUCCUGGAUGUGCCCAGUUUUAUUCAAACCGGUUAGCAAUUGACCUGUUCUGAUGAUACACAGGGGCAUGGGAAGCUGCCAGUCAUGCAAGGCCUUUGAGAGAUUUUGCAGUAUAGUGGUAUGCUUCACAAAGCCACUUUGGCGCUGCAAAUAAAUAGUGUCUACUUUUUAACAUUUCUCUGAUCCUCUGAAGGGAGGAUAAAGCAACAAGUAUUUCUUCUUUGGGGUCACAAGCCUGCCAAACUCUUCCUUGCAGUGGUAAAACCCCUUUUUACUUUUCAUUUGCAAAGGACAGAGUAUUUGACAUCUGCUCCCUUGUUCUGGAGCAACUCAUUCACUACAACAGGUGAUGGUCAAAUGCCCUUCUUGUAUCCUUUAAUUCACUGGUUCAAAAGCUCUGCUGCUUUGCUAAAUUAAUUUUGCAAUUAAAUGGGCUAUUCCUAAUUCAGUUUGGUGAGAUGCAGACAAAUCUGAACACUAAUAAUGUGCUCACUUUGCUGGGAUGUUCAAUCAGAGAAGCUUUGUAGCUUAAUGGCAUUAAAAAAAGCUCUGAGAUGGAAGUGGAAAGUUUUUAUUAGUCUUACAAAGUGGAGCACAGAAGGAGUCCCAUCUACUCUGUCAUGCUGAGAGAGAUUGGAAAGGAUACAAGUUUGUUACUGGAUAAUUCUAAAAGCUUUUAACAGCUGUAAAACAGCCGAAUAUAUAAUAGCGUCUUAUUAUCGUGAUGUGAGAGGCUGUCCAAAGAGCUCUCAAGGCCUCCUCCCUGCCUGUUUUCUUAAUGGCUUUACACAUAUCUUAUUUAAAGAUCAGCCGUUUUCUAUGUAAAUAGGACACAGGCACUGCUACCUCUUCCCAUUUGUGUUUUGGAACUGUGACCAAGUGUCAUGCUUCUAAUUCACAUCUCCAUUCUGUGAAGGGAGUCAAUACUCUGUGUCGCUGGGGCAGAUUGCAAGUUGUUAGCAUUGCUGCCUCAUCUCUGUGAUGUUGCGAGGCCAUCAGUGGAGGUUUCCAGAGGUUCAUACUGCAGCUUCCUUUUGAGCCGGUGGAGUUCCAUCUUGCCUUAGUUUUUAAAGCUGUGCCCUCUGGCUUAGCACCUUAGGAAGUGUUAGCCAUAGUCAAGCUGCCGGCCUGAUUCCAAGCCACCAUCCCCUGCCCCACCUAAUGAUUGCAUGCUCUUUGUUGGCAUGGCUCAGAGAGCAAACAUUUACAAGCCUAGGUUGAACAUUUCAUGCUAGGCUUGUGGUUGGCUUAACCUACGCCAGCACUAUUCUAGCUUUCUCUCUGGAGCAGUAAGGAAGUUGGCCCAGUUAUGCACAUAGCUUGGGUGAAUUAUUACAUGAGUGCACCUGUGGCUUCUAGAAGCUGUCAGCAUGUGACAGUGGCCACACCCGGGGAACAGCUUCGACUGGAUGGCUAAACCAGGUGAGGGUAGCCGAUGGAUAUCAAAACCUUGGUGAGACCGCUAGGGAGUUUCCUUGCAUUGUUUCUGUGGAUUGAGCAGAUUAGACUAAUAGUAGGUCCAAUGGUCAAGAAGGCAGUUACUGGUGCCAAGCAAAUUGCUCUGCUUUCCUUUGGUCUUGUCAUCUGGGCAGCCCAGAAUCUCCAGACACACUGCCCAGGCUUACGCACUGAAGAUGUCACUUCAGUGCUGCUAACACAGCUGUUUUGACUUCACCCCUAGAGGCAUACUCCAUUGUUUCUCAAGACAGACAGAUACCAACAACAGCUUAUCCAGGGUGUUUGCUCAGUGACAAACGUAUGUUAACAUUAGUAUGGUGUGAUAUUUCAUUUGAACAAUGUUUGCCUGCAAAUGAGGUCCUGUUGGGCUAACUCUUCUUUUGGGGGGCUUGUCUCCUUAACUGUUGGGAAAACAUUUCAAGAUAUGAUUGGUUUGGGGGAAAUCCUAUGAACAUAGUUAGAUAGGCAGAAGACACUUACAGGCAGAAUGUUGGGAAGAACUGGACCCAUUAGCGGCUAUUAGCGGCUUAGCGGCUAUUAACGGCUUAGCGGCUUUAAGGAAAAGGAAACAAACUCGCAAGAACUCGCAAGACGUUUCGUCUUGCGAAGCAAGCCCAUAGGGAAAUUCAUCUUGCGGAACGACUCAAAAAACGCAAAACCCUUUCGUCUAGCGAGUUUUUCGUCUUGCGAGGCAUUCGUCUUGCGGGGCACCACUGUACAUACAUCAAACAUUAUCCAUUGCAAGUCACUUCUCUCAGGACUUCCCAGUCCAUCUCUCCAUGGCAUUCUAUUCAAACCUUAUUCUGUUGCGUAUCCUGUAAAUUAUUAUCCUGAUAUAUUGUAGUCAUUUGAAGAUACUGAUGUAUUAAAAUAACCAACAAUUUGAGCUGGUGAGUCUUGAGCCAUUUUGGAAAUUCUGCCUUGGUCACCCAGUAAUUCUGCAUUGAAUCCUUUCAGAAUGUAUAUAGAAUGAAUUUGAUUUUUCCACAGUUUUAUUUAUGUGCCAAUGCCAAAGAUUCUCAGGCCAGAUCUCACAUUCACUCUGCACUGUGCGUUGACCUGUUCAUGUCUGUCAUGUUUCUAGUUUGCUGUUAGUUAUAUUUUCCAGUGCCCUUUUGGAGAAAAGGGUUGAAGGGGUGGGGUAUGCAAGCCUACUGCUGGUACAGCAAUCCGGCUCAUCCGAUUACUCUCCCAUCCAUUGCCUUUACUCUUCCCCAUCCGUUCGCCACCCACUGUAAUCUAAUGAAAGAUUAUAGGAGGAGAAGCAUCCCAGCUGUAUAGCUUCUUGACUGAUAUGAGGUGGGGAAUAUAGUGUAGUGAGGGGGCUGAAAUUCUAUAUAAGGUGGUUUUGCCAUAACUUCUUAGGUACUUCAUUUGGACAGUGGUCAAGGGCUUAAAGAGGCUGUGGCAUUGCUGGCUUCUGCUGGCAGCUGACCAUUAAGGAAGUUUACCAAAGUAUUACAAACCAUUGUGAAACACGCUCCUCUGCAGGGGGAAAUAGCCUUUAAUCCAGUGAAUGUCUCAAUUUAUGCUUUUUCUUUGCCGUGGGUGGGUGGGGCACACAGAGCUGCUUUUUAGGGUGCUGCUGGGUUCUCCAGAAACGUUUGAAUCGGGGAAGAAAUUAGGGUGAUUUGCACAGGCCGAAAUUCUACAAUAUUUUUCCAUAAAUUACAGUGAUCUAAUUGAGCAUGUUCGUUUAACUUGUAUUGGGUAAACAAGCUAAAAAUGUUGAAAUUGCUAAGCUUCCUUAAUAUUGCAUUUGCAGUUGACACCCAUUUGUUGCUACUAAUGGACUUAUGAAAUGGAAAAAAACUCCACAGAAAAUAAAGCAGAAAAAACCCUCCCUUUUUGACUCGCUAAACUCACAGGAAGAUAACUAUUUAGCCAGAGAUGGACAAUUCCUGGCAGAAAUCUUACUUGUACUGUGAGCUCCAUACUGGGCACUUCGUGUCCCCCCCCCCUUUUGAGGUGUGUGUUUGUGUGUUUUGGUUAUGUGUAAUUAGCUUUUCUGCCCACAUUUUUAAUUAUACACUCAAGUUCUUGGUCAUGGCUUGGCUACCCUACCUUCACGGAGUUGUACAAUAUCGUUUGUUUGCUUUGGUAUGUUUAAUGAUCAACCUAGGAUUAUAAUAAACAAGCCUGGUUUGUAUUCAUAUCCCCUCUGUUUAUGUACUUGGAUCUAUCACAUUACUGUGUUAUCAACAUAUUUAAAAUAUAAUUAUAUUGCAAGGUGGGGACAGGUGACUGAAUGUAAUAAAAGCCUGGCACAAAGCCUUUGCCAAUCGUAAACCUGUAUUCAAGAACAGAACCAAAUGCACCCCUUUUUCCUUUUCUGGCUUUAAACUAUGAAAAGAAUCCUUAAUUGAGAGUAAUAACAUCUUAGAAAAUUUACCAGUCAUUGUCCUUUGUUCCAUUUCCUGCUCAGAAUUAUUUUCCUUCUCUCUCAACCCCCAUCCCCUGCCCCCUGUGGUUGGGUUAGGGCUUCCCAGCUAGUUGGGAAACAUUUAGUGAAUGUGAUGGUGCAAUGUUAUGUAGUCAAUCCAUUUGGCUGCAUCAUUGAGGCCAAAUAAAGCCCUUACACGGUGAGAGCAAGGCUUUCUCAGAAGGCAUAGUGUUUUAUCCUCUUUUGAAUCGGGUGCCAAAAGAUACGCCAGGAUCUUAUUUUUGGUGUUUGUUUUGAAAAGUGGUGAAAUGCCUAAUCACAAAACAUUGCCUUCAUUCCAGAGGGCAUUACAGUGGUACCUUGGUUCUCAAACUUAAUCCGUUCCGGAAGUCCGUUCCAAAACCAAAGCGUUCCAAAACCAAGGUGCGCUUUCCCAUAGAAAGUAAUGCAAAAUGGAUUAAUCCGUUCCAGACUUUUAAAAGCAACCCCUAAAACAGCAAUUUAACAUGAAUUUUACUAACGGGACCAUUGAUCCAUAAAAUGAAAGCAAUAAACAAUGUACUGCAGUCACACAAUCAAUCAAUCAAUCAAUCAAUCAAUAGCAGAACUAGGUUCCACGUGGUCACAAAAACAAAAGAGCCACAAAAACAAAAACACAAAAUAAAUAGCAAAAACAGACAGACCUCAGCAUAACACUCAAAACGUAAGUGGCACUCAAAUCGGAAGCGUAACAUUCAAAACGGAGCAGUUCGGCUUCCAAAAAACAUUCGCAAACCAGAACACUUGCUUCCGGGUUUUCAGUGUUUGAGUACCAAGGCAUUUGAGAACCAAGGUACCACUGUAGUUUGCUCCCAGUGACGUUGGCACAUAACCAGCAUUGACUAAAUGUUUGUGACCCUCUCUUUUUCUAUCUAAAAGUUCACAGUCUUCCCAAUUCUCCCUUUGGAAUUCUGUUCUGUUUCUUACAUUCAGAAGUGCAUUCCUUCUCUCAUUCAAACCCCACUGACAAAUGUAUUCUUAUUUGUGUUCUGUUCUACCUGCUUCACCGAUUUCUCCAGUGAAAUAAGUGAUCUUAACAUUUAGAACCUCCUCAGGGCCAUUCAGGCAAACACGACUUUCUUAUAAUAGAUAAAGUACUGACAAUAUGGCUGUUAACAUAGGAGACUGGUAGCGGGAUAUGAUAUGAUUGUUUAUUCGUUAGAUUGCUUACCUGCCCUUUACCUAAAGAUCCCAGCACGGGUUAUAGCAAUAAAAUACGUAUACAGUAAUAAAACAAGAAAAGUGUAAACAACAAGGAAGGAACAAUUCCAGAUAUAAAAACAAUGCAAACAUUUAAGAACGAUUCCAUAUAUAAAAGAAGUUAAAAGUAAUUCCAGUAUAGUUGUGGGUCUGAGAUAGGAAGGGCUCUUUCCAGUGUAAUUCUGCUUCUCGUAUCUCCUGCCUUUGCCUCUGUGGCAUUGUGCUGGGGACAGGGCACUUCUUGUUCUUCUGUAGCAAACUACAGGAACCAAGGAAGGAUACCAUAGGUGUGCUUUCUGCGGAGGCACAAGGUGCCCUGUCUGUCUACCUGCCUGUUUGCUUGCCUGCCACUCUUCACCCUAAGGUCCUGAGGCGAGUGGCAUCUUUAAAAUGCAGUAUUAAAAACAGUUUGAAACAACUUUUCAACCCUAACCCUGUGAAACGCCCUCCCACCAGAUGUCAAAGAGAAAAACAAUUACCAAACUUUUAGAAGACAUCUGAAGGCAGCCCUUUUUAGGGAAGCUUUUAAUGUUUGACGGACUAUUGUAUUUUAAUAUUUUGUUGGAAGCCGCCCAGAGUGGCUGGGAAAACCCAGCCAGAUGGGCGGGGUAUAAAUAAUAUAUUAUUAUUAUUAUUAUUAUUAUUAUUAUUAUUAGGUGCAUCCUUCAAACAUAUGGCCCAAGUGUCAAAAGCCAGGGUAGAGAGGUGCGUCUUCAACAUUCUCUGAAAGUUGUAUAAGAAAGGUGCCAGAUGUACUUCUGUCGGGAGGGAUGUCCUCAACUUAGGGGCUGCCACAGAGAAGGCCAUGGACGUAGCCAAGAUUUUUGUUGGGGGGGGUAGGCUUUUUGUUGGGAGGGGCAGGCCUUUUGUUAGGGGUGGCAGAACUUCAGUUUGCUAUGUAUUUUUAUUGACUUGGGGUGGCAGCUGCCCCUCCCUGCCCUCCCUUGGCUCUGCCCAUGGAGAAGGCCCACUCCUCAGCUGCCAGCCCCCCUGCCACCUCUGAGGGCAGAGGAGCUACCAAGAGGGCCCCCUUUUGACUGAUUUCGGCACCUGAACAUGAAAGCACAGGGCAAACCCUUGACUAUUUAAACCUCAGUUUGCAGGUGCUAGCAGCUUUCUGUGUGAAGAUCUCUUCUUUCCACCAGUGUGGGGGGAAACUACUGCUUAUAUCCAGCCUUAUCUGUUCUUCAUUUCCAUUUAUACAUUCGCAGCUGUUUGUUCUUAAUCCCAUUUCUGUGGUAGUAAACUCCUUCCCUUUUAGGAGUGAGAAGCUGCUGGUCCUGUGCUCUGAGCAGUAGCAAAGCGAUCGGCAAGAGAGAAGGGCCUCUUGAAAAGUGAUUGUAUUUGGAUUGUUAAAUUUAUAAUAGAAAUACAGAGUAUUCUACUUUUAUUCUUCAUUCAAAAGAUCUUAGAAUGAGCUGUUGCUUCAUUCUGAGGAGAUGGAAAGGUAAAUAAUUUGAGGCAUAUUACUUGAGCUCUAUUAGAGGAAAGGAAAUUUCUGCCUUUUCUAAUUAGGGCUGGAGGGGGGGACCCUCAAAAUGAACUGAGUCGCCAUAAAAGUGCAUUUUAGACUUCUUUGCAUAAUCCAUCAGAUACAACUAGAAUGAUAAAAUUAAAACUGGUAAUGUGCAGUAGUCAUCAUUCUUUAGAAUCUUAGUAAAUUAUAAUAAUCUUUCAUUUUAUUGCUGGCUGUAUUAAAAAAAACACACCAAAGUACUAUUUCCCAUCAAAAGUUAUGAAUUUUGGCAGAGAAAGUGACAGCGACAUCUGCUCAAGGCUGUUGGGGUUUCUGUUAUAAACUAUCAAAUCUUAAUAGUGGAGAGAGCGUGAAAAAUUCCUCUUUGGAGUGGUUGGCCGUAUCUGUAAUGCAGAAUGCAGCUGUUUAGAACUGGAGCAGGUUGAAUUUCAACAGGGAGCCUGUUGAGGCUGGAGUUUAGCAUUGCUCCCCUUGCUCCCAGUGCCUGUUUCUGGGGAAUUUCAAGAGAGCAGGAAUGAUUUCAUGGUCUUUGUAGCCUGUGGAUGUUGAAGUGUUUCUUUUUUAGCAUAUGGGGGGCAGUAUUGAAUAAAUUAUUCUGUGCAAUGCUGUCAUGUAUAUCCCAUGGGUUAUUUUGUUCAGGUGUCAACUGCCUUUGUUGGUUAAACUUUUUUUUUUUUAAUGAUUCUGUUCUGAUUCCCUUAAUAAGAGAGUAGGUUCCAUGGAAUCUGGUUUCAGAUGCCAAAGACUUGUUGGACGAACCAUGGACUCUCGAGUUCACGGGUGGUUUACAAGGAGAGAAUGUUUGUGGCUUAAUGCAUGGGGCAAAAUAUAACGCUGAACCAAUUAUUGCUAUUAGUAGUAAUUAACUUGUAGCAGGUUGAAGUUCAGUUUCUGUCAGUCGCACUUUAUUACGUGCAUGGAAGGAGCAUCAAGAUGCAUCUUAAAACCGGUUAAAUCCUCCCACAGCCGAUCAUCUCUGCUGAAUCACUCAAAGGCAGAUGACUCUGGAAGCAACAGCUUGUGAUGACAUUAAGGAAGCAAAAGACCUUGGCAUCCAUUAAUGUGGUCUAGUGGCGGUAUAAAGAAGAAGAAGAAAAUCUGCAAGUAACGAAAACAUCUUUUGGCAAAUGCGUAGGCCUUGGGAAGGGAAGAGAAAUUCAAGCAUAAUAGGUGGAUUGCCUUCAAGAACCAUUUGUGGGUGUUAAUUAUCUUUGAAUUGCAGUUGCGCUUAUAAUAAGAUGUCACCAGGCCAAAGAGGAGAAGAGAUUUUCCCCGUUCUGCAAUGCCUAUUACUGGUUUUAAACUAAAUGGGUUGUUCCAACACUUGCAGAAAAGAAACACAACCUUGAUUUUUCUAGGUGGGAAGUGGAGGAAGGGAAGGCUCCAAACAGUCGCUUUCCAAGAUUGCUUCUUGCCUCUGCAGCACAUGCAUCCUCUGGGAUCACUACUUGUUCUUUACAAGGGUUGUUGGGUGUGGUUUUUUUUUUUAGUUUUCUAGUAGAGAUUUAUAUUAAUAAGCCAAAAGCCCUUUUUCAAUGCAUUUUGGAGUACAGGAGAGAGGACUUGUAUAAUGAUUUUUAGGGCACCGCCAGACUGUCAAUGUUGCAGGAGGGAUUCAAGCAAAUAAUGGAAAUUUAGGUUUGCACAAUUGAACUGGGCUAAAGAACUCUGCCGCCCUAUGCCAAGGAACGCCUUUGAGUCGGGGGGAGGAGAAGAGUCAGAGCGGGAACAGUCAGAAGGAGACAGAGAGGAAGUGAUGGAAGGGGAAGAGGUAGAGAGCCAGGAGGUGGGAAGGCUCUCCGAUGUUGAAGCAGAGCCCCAGCACCGCACAGGGAGCUCAGGAACAGACGGAGAGCCUGUGCCUGUGCCUUCAGGACAGGAAAGGAGAAGGUUAAAGCACAGGGAUCAGAGACGUCCCAUGAAGCUGCCCCGUCUUUUCUGUUGGAGGAGAAACAGGAGAAGACCACUCCCCGAAUCUGAACCGGACAAUUUGGAUGCAUGAUUGUACUGUGCUGCUUGUACAUAUGUAAAAUAAAGAACUGUAAAUAUCUCUCUGAGUGAGCAGAGGGUGCUUAUUGCGAAGAGCAUACACAAACCAUCACAUCCUAGGACAACAAAUCUAUUUUAUUUUUUUAAUGUUGUUAGGAAAGUGAUGGAGGAAUGUGCUGAAAAGUCAGUGGUGAAGACUGAUUAACGGGAAGACGUAUAUACACCCAGCAAACAAAUUAGGAUGAAUCUUCCCUGUUGCAUAACUGCCCUGCAAGCAAAUCAGAAUAAAUACUCAAUAAACAGGUCAUCUGGAGGAGUCCUUAGAGGGGAAACCUUUGUGCUCUGAAUCUAAAAUAAUCCGUGGAGCAAUUCAAGAUGUGGGAUUGGUACAGUGCAGGCUGCAAAUGACUUCCAUGUGGCUGGGGCUCCUUGCGCCUACAGUUGUUUUUGCAAACUUUGAGCCUUGUGACUUUGUCUUUUGCAUGGAAUGCCUCUGGAUUACUGUAACUUGCAGCAUCUCUUGUAAAAAAGGUGUCACUGAUAAAAGGGUGUUCCAUACGUGUUGACGUUUACUGGUGUAGCAAUAACUGUGUGGAGCCACACUCACAUGGGAGUGUGUUUUCUUGGCUACCACUAUGGUAAUGUCACAUUUGCAUUGAGGUCAAAUAAAGCAAGCUCUGAUAAUUUGAUCAGCAGAAAGGAUUUGAAUAAAUAUUGUGGGCUGCAGCUAACGUGCAAUUUUUUAUCCAUGCACUUAAUAAAAUUAGCAUAUCAAGUUUCAUAAAUGUGGCAGAUGGCUGAACGCCAGUUGGACAUACUUCAUUUCUCUUACAGGAUUUUUAUUCUGAAAUUGCUACUGCCCAAAGCAAAAUAUUUUGAUAACUCUUGAUAAUUGGACAGAAAUCGCGACGGUUGAGAAUCUGGGGCUGUUUCCAUUUCUGCUGUUAUGUUUGUACAGUGGAACUGUCCUCUCCCUUUCAGAGGAUUCAGGGAGCAAAUUUUGGGAGUGUGCAGGGAGAGAAAGGGGGAAGUCCCAUCGUGCAGGCAGAACUCAGCUCACAUGGUGUUGGACACAAUCCGCAGUGAAUUGGACCUGCUUUUUAUUAUUUUGUGGUUCGGUUGUUGUCAAAAUUUUUGUAUCUCCUAACACAAAGUGCCUGUAGGCAACUUAAAGUAAUAAUUAAAAAUACAACAGUACGUGAUUUUUAAAUACAUUCAUUAACCUCAGUGACAAAAUUCCAAUUUGAACCAAACACUAAAGAAAAACAAAAUCCCCACUGAGAAUAUUAAAAUUACUAUCUGGGAAAGGUGGCACUGCAAAACAAGAAAACUGCUGCUACAACAUAUAGAACAAUGAAAACACUAAAAAUGAAAAGAAAAGAACUGGUCGGUGAGUGGAAGGAAGAAGUCUUCACCUGCCUCUAACUUUCAUCUUUUGCAUACACAGCAGACAGACAGUGACUAUUCAGGCAGCCACUCUUGUCUGUUUUAGCACUAGUUCGAGACUCCAUGUCAAAAGGAAAGAGAGCCAGCCCAUAGCUAGGUGUCUUUGCAGAAUCCGCAGCAGAAAGGUUGACCCUGCUUCAGCCCCUCAUGAUUCAAAUGCAAUGCAACAGCAGCACGUGCAGGAAUCCGUGCAUUUCCUUCUUGGAAAUUCUGCAUCCGGGGAAAUCCCAGCUGUUCAAAACAAGAGUCUUUCUAACAGACUGCUUUUUUUCUUUUUCUUUUAAUACUGUUGCAUGUUUGAACUUAUCCCUACAUUCAUUCAGGUGGUAACUUAACAGAAGAAUUCUACAUACUUCUCAGAAGCUGUUCUGGUCUUUGGGCCAAUGGCCAGCAUUUGCCCUCCACUGGUCUAAAAGUACACAAUUGCCUUAAUUGCUUUCGAAAGCAAAUCUGAUCAAAGCAGGGUUCUAGAAGGCAAUGAGGAGAGAAAGGGGAUUGUGCCUUUCUGUAGCUCUGGCAUAUGUAGUGUCUUUGAGUGGGGUGCUGGUGGAAAAGCUCACAUCAGCCUUACUGCUCCAUGGGGAAUGAACUGGAAGCCAGAUGGGUAGAGCACUGGUGUUGAAGCAGACCUUUUUGCGACUUGUUUUCAAUAUGUAUUCCAUAAUACCUUUUGCUAGGAAGAGGCAGAAACAAACUGCCCAGAUUCAAUCGUUGGUGUCUCCAGGUAGGGCAGGGAGAACAAUAUUGUAGACAAUAUUAAGCUAGAUGGAUCAGUGGUCUGGCUUGGUAUAAAGCACUUUUCUGAAGUGUCCCCUCUCCUUAGAAGUAGUAUAACCUCUGCAUGUAGUUUAGUGGUUGGUUUUUGGUUUGGUUUUGCAUGUGGAGGUACAGGGACUUUGGGGGGACAAGUCCUGAUGUCCCCCAGGAUUGGUUGAAGCACCAUCUAUGCCUGGAUUGCAGGAAUAGGGAACACUUUUGAUCCAUGCAAUGAGUGCCAUCUGGAAAUUAAGUAUUUUCAUUUGUGACAUGGUUAAUCUGGAAUUUGAGUCCAAGGUUGUUGAGCUAAUUGGAAGACUUGCCUUUUUCCUCUCCAGAAUUCAGUAAUUGA